UGGCGCCCCGCGUAACGGCACCAGUGCAGUGUACGCCACCGCUCACAGUCACUCGAUCAGUCGACCGGCAAAGUCAUCGGAGGCCGGUUGAACUCCCAUCGAAAGCGCGUGAUAACGCACACGCACACAACACACACACAUUACACAUACAUCCACACACACACUCUCUUACAGAAAAAAAAAAAAAAAACACUACAUACACUCACACAUACACAGUCACAUACACAACACACGCGCACGACAUAAUAUACGCGCGCGAACAGAAAUAUUCGCGAACGACGCGAUUAGUGCGCUCGUCAUACGCCGGCGACGUGUUAUACCGGUUUGUGAAAAAAUAAUAAUUAUUAUAAUAAUAAAUUUUUUUUUUUUCUACCGUUCCGUGUGUCCUCACUGUAUUUAUCGAGUGCCGCCGUGUUACACACACAUACACACAUAUACACACACACCGCAGGCGCCAAAAUGAAUUCAUAUAGCUAAGGUAUUAGAAAAAAAAAAAAUUAAAUUACAAAAUAAGUACUAUUUUUACUUUUUUUUUAUUUUUUUUUUUGUAAAUUUUUCAUUUAUAUUAAGUUUUAACAAUUUAUUAUACAUUAAUAUAUUUAUCGUAUAUUAUAAUAUAAUAUAAUACUAUAUUAUUAUGUUUGUUAUUUUCUCUUUCUCAAAAAUAACGUGCGUAUAUUUCAUCACUAUAUUAUAUUAUUAUUAUAUUAUAAAAUAAAAAAAAAAAAAAAAUAAAGGUCGUUUCGUUUUAUUAAUUUCAUAUUUUUUUAUUCCGGUGUGCAUGAUGUUCAGUGUGUCGAAUUAGCGAAAGUGCAAACAAAUUCAAACAAUAAUAAUAAUUUUAAAAAAGGCCGAAAUCGUGUUUUGUCGGGACCCACGACAAAACUUCCGUGGUAUUUUAUUAGCCGGUGUUACUAAUGGUGUUACGAAAAGGAAUUUCGCGAAGGACGAUAACUACUAACACACAGUGCGUAUAUAAAAAAAAAAAAUUUAACCAAUUAUAAUAUACGAAUUUAAAAAAUAAAAAAAACCUCCUAAUAUUAAGUGUAAUUAUUUUGCAUGUAGGCAUAUACUGUAUUGUAAUAGAUAUUACGAUUAUUAUUAAUAUAAUUACUUUUUUAAGCGGUGUAUAAUGGUAUAAUGUAUUAAUAUGAUAUAAAUAAUAAAAUAUUCAUAAACGUUUUAUAAUAUAAUAUAUUCGUUUUCCCGUGCGCGAAUUUUUUUUUUUUUUUUUUUUUAUUAAUAAUAUAAUAUUAUUGUAUGACGUACGAUCGUGUUUUAUUGCGGCACAUAAAAUAAUUACAUUUAUUAUAAUAUUAUUAAUUCUAAUCGCAAAAUCGCCAUUUGGCCAAUGUACGUAAUAUUAUUGUGCCGGUGUUCGGAGAUAAUGGCGAAUCGUUAAUAAUAUGAUAUACAGAAACGCGGUAUAAUCUUAUCAGACGCUUUCCACGCGUUUUCUUCUUAUCACCGCCGCUGAUAUUACGCCCGGUACACCGCAGCACCUUAUCGAAAACAAAUAAUCGCGUUAUCACCGUGUAUUAUUAUUAUUAUUAAUGUAUAUCGCGUACGCACACGUAUAAUAUUAUGUUAUAAAACAUAUCAAUUACCGGAAAAUUCGUUCGAACGAAUCGUUUACAAUAUUAGUGUUGGUGGUUUGUUUUUUUUUUUUUUGCUCUCUCAAGAAAAGCGGGGAAAAAAAAUGUCUCGAAGAUAUUAUGAUGUCGUUGUUUUUUUUUUUGUUAUUUUUUUUAUUAGACUACGGACAUGCGCGUCUUUAAAUUGCAUACACGUUACGCCAGUCUACGGAAAUGCAUCGCCCGUAUCUGGUAUAAUAGUACAUCGAUAAAAGUGCGUUUUUUCGUGUUGAGCGGAUGAUUUUCCCGCAUUAUCACGAUCUCUGCUUGGGUCGCGGGUUUUUCCAUUUUAGUAAACCGUAUUAGAAAAUGGAUCCGUUUCGCUCUACGUGUAAUUGAAUUAUGAAAUCUUAUCUUGCAUAUGUAUACAUGUUUAAUGGACGGAGGGCAUACAAAUGCACGUUUCCACGAUAUCCGAGUGUUAUUAAUGCUUUUGUGCUUAACAUUUAUAAUUUUCCAGUCAAUCCGAUCCAAAUCAACGUAAAAUGUACUUGUUUAUAAUACAAAUUUUAUAGUUUCGAUGAAACCGUUCUAUUUUUAGUCGGGUAUUUAACAAGUUUUUGUUUAAUUUUGCUGAACAUUGCCCAAGUCAAUAGUAUAUUCUAUCGCACAUUUACGCCUAUAAUAUAGGUACCUAUAGUCGAUUAACGACCAUAUUCGUAAAUAUUAUCAAAACAAAAAUGAAAUUUGUGGUGUUUUUUUUUUGCAUACUUUCAAAAAAUUAUUGCUUGCUUUUGCAUAUUUCAAGGACUUUUAAGAGACAUUUUCAAUUCACAUUUCGUCAAUUUUCGGUGCAUAUUUAAUUGUAAGUUUCGUUGUGCAUUAAUUUCACAUCCCUACUCAUUACUAUCUUACUAUUUAUAAGUAUUACAUCAAUUAUUCGAAUUAUUGUUCAAUAAAUAGCUAUACAGAAGAUAAUCUCGCCAUGUCGAGAUAUUGUCUCGCGAAAAUCGCACUUUCCGGUAAAUAUUUUCAUGUUGCAAUACACGCUAUAAUUUUAUAACACUAAUAGGUGGCGUGCCCUGCAUUAGUUUGCAAUGGAAAAGGAUGUAUGGUAAAUAAUAAUCGCGAUUCGUGGUUAAAUCGUAGAAUCUGCUUCUGUUAAACCUAACCCGUCAAUACGAAUUUUAAAACCAGAUCCAAAAAAAAAAAUACAAUUUGUAUUCAAUAAAUCGACUUCCCUCCGUGUAAUUCGAUUAAAAUAUAACCCCUAUCAUCCGGCCUGAUGCUAAUCAUUAUAUUGAUUAUGGUACAUCGUUAUAUUUAAUAAUGUAGUAAAAAUACAUCGCAUUACGUUAUUUCGAUUACAGAGUUUAUUCGAAUCGCGUGGUAGACCAAUGCUUAUUUGGGCAUACGAUAUCGUAUUUUUUUUUCUCCAAAUUUAAGUGCCUCUAUCCUAUACACUGCAAACCGUCAAACUCUGUAUAUACGCGACGAAUCAAGGUUAUAUACACAAAUACUAUAAUAAUCGUUAUUAAUCCGAUCGGUUUCGAAUAUAGAAAGUAAUCGCGCGGACAUAAUAUUAUUAUUUCGCUCGGGAAUAACACUAAAUCCAGUAUUCGGCUUGGUCAUGGCCGCUAGACUGUGAACGCGGACGGGGCUCCCAGUCGUGUUCGUGUCUGAGGGCACCUCAGGCCCACGAGAUUUAUAAAAUAUUGUCAUUUAACUAUACAGUUAGUGUAGUUAGCAGUUAGCAUUUUGUGCAAAGGUUAAAUACUUGACGUAUUUGUUUAGACUUAAGUUGACUAUUGUAAAAAUAGCAGUAAAACAAUAUAAUAAAAUAAUUUAUUAUUAUAAUAAUUGCGUGAGCUAGUAUAAGUUUUUACAGCAAUUACUGAAAACCGAAAUGUCUAAAAACUAAAAAUCGCUUUUGUGAAUUAGCAUACUCAUUAUAUAUAAUACAUAUAAUUAGGAAUUUUCCUAACCGCGAAAUCCGUUAUUUUUGGAAAUAUCAUUCUUAAUUAUUAGACGCCUGUGUCUUUCCACCCAGAUUUUCCACCAAAAUAAUUUCAAAAAACAUUUUAAUUAUAUAUUUUUCUAAUUAUUACACCCUAACGUCAUAUUGAUUUUAUUCAUUGGUACAAAUAAAGGAGAGAGCCCUAGAAGAUUUUGAUUCCCCGAAAACUCAGCCAAGCCCCCCAUAGUAAAGCCCUCUUCAAAAAAAAUUUCGACUAUUUGUGUCUAUGAUUUUUGUGUUAAGUUUGAUUUCAAUAAUCGUUGUCCCCUUUUUUAACACGAAGAUCUGCGCACGCUUAUGCCGAUGACACUGACUUUCGACCCAAUAUCGCACUGAAUUUCAUGGCCUUUGUAUUUUUCAUCUCCUUAAAAAUAAUGACUCCAAGUGUCUUCGGUGUGUCAGACCGAAUAGCCUAACCGAUAUAGACUAAAUCGUUUAUAAAUCAACUACUGCAAAGUAUCGGACUUUUUCAAAUAAAACGAUUUGUCUUACAGUGUUAUCUUUAUAUAGAUAACCAUUUUUUCUGUUUGAUCGGGUUUUGUGCGAGGGGGAUACAUAUGUUCAAAGAAAAAUUGCAUUUUUAUUUUCAUACCUAAAUCACUGAAAAAAAAUACUUUUUAAAAUUUUCAACAGCCAUUUUGUAAAAUAUAUUUUUCUAAAAAAUUUAAUGUAUCAUUCAUUCAUAUCUGAUCAAUAGUUUCUUAGUUAUGGUGACUUUAAUGUAUAAAAAGUAGGCGUGAAAACAAUUAAUAUUCAAUAGAAGAUAAGGAAUUACCGUGCUGAUUGUGAUUCCUUAUCGCGUAACGUGUUAUUUUAUUGAAAAUUAAUUGCUUGCACACCAAUUUUCUAGAAAUUAAAACGACUGUUACUCAGAAACUAUUGAUCGGAUAUGAAUGCAUGUUACAUUCAAAUUUUUAGAAAACCAAACAUCUUUUACAAAAUGGCUAUUUUGAAAAAUUUGAAAAGUGAUAAAAUAAAAAGUUUUUUUUUUCAAUAAUUAAGAGAUGAAAAUAAAUAUUUAAUUUUCUUCUACAUAUGUGACCCCCUCGCAUAAAACCAGAUUUGAAAAAAAAAUGAAUAUUGACAGAAUUAUUAGCAUAACGGUAACUCUGUAGAACACUCUGUAUAUUAUUGUACAAUUGGUAUAAUUGGUACAAUUGGUACUGUAUAACCAUUUAUUUUAGAGGACACGAUUAUAAAUCUCACACAUUUUUUGAUAAUAGUCUUUAACAUUGACCUUUCAAUCUGAAUUAAAGAAUUACGGGAUUCGUUCUCGAGUCCAAAAUAAAAAGUAUAAAUACGUAUUGGUUCCCCAUAAAAAUUAUAUAAUAUCAUAAAACUGUUUAAAUUGGUUCUUGUACGACAAAUUAGAUUUACAUAAUAAGUUUAAAUAAAUUUAAUCGCGUUUUAUUUAUCUCGGGAAAAUAAUUAGGUCGUUCUCGGAAUAUCGUCAAAUCCUAAUAAACAUUAUGCAAACUCCGUUUUCAAAAUUAAAAUCCGUAAAAUCCAAACCCUAAAGUUUUGUCUGCUUUUUCAGUCUAAAUACCAUUUUUUUUUUUUAACGACUGAAAACGCCAGAUUUUUAAAUUCUGAGUUUAGAAGAAUGUAUUGGUUUUACAAAAAUGUUUUUUGUUUGUUUUAUGUGAACACUUUUUCCACCAGAAAGCAUAAUCCGAUUAUCAAAUAUAGCACCUUUUCCGAAAAGAAAUGUUCUCUGGGUGAUACUUUUUUUUAAAUUCUCAUUAAUAUUUGAGCUAAUAAGGAAAACCCGAUUCUUUAGAUUAAAAAAAGUUGAAAGAUUAAAAAUAAGGUUGCCAUGACAACCGUUUUUACUUAUUUUUCCGUUAUUAUUAAGUUUUUAUUAUUUUAAUCAUUUUUAAACAAUCAUUGUUGUCAUAGAAAUGCACGUUAUAAUCAUUUUACCAUAACAUGACAUAUUAUAUAUUGUUGACAAAGCAACACUAUCAACUAAACUCCACUCAGAAUUGUUUUUUCGUUAGUAAUGGUUUAUCGUUGCUUACAGAUAUACAAUCAAUUUCCGUCUGUAUUCUACCUUCCCAACUUCCCACCGACAACAGUGGCUGCGCCCACGUACAAAGUAUGGUAAAAUUAUUACAGCAAUGCGCGUUUCCACGACAAAAAUGAUUGUUUAAAAAAGUUUAAAAUAAUAAAAACUUAAUAAUAACAAAAAAUAAAUAAGAACGGUUGCCAAUGGCAACUUUAUUUUAAUUGUUCAAACUUUUUUAACUUUAAGAACCGGGUUUUCUUCAUUAUCUUGAAUAUUAGAAUAUUAAUGAGAAUUUCAAAAAAUUUUCAAAAAAAGUAUCACCCAGAGAAUAUUUCCUUUCGGAAAAGGUGCUAUAUUUGAUAAUCGGAUUAUGCUUUCUGGUGGAAAAAGUGUUCACGUAAAAAAAAAAACAUCUUUGUAAAACCAAUACAUUCUUCUAAACUCAGAAUCUAAAAUAAUAACAAUGCGACAUUUAAUACACUUUUUAUUUUUAAUUAUUUAUCAAUAAUUUUUUAGUGUAACAAAUAUAUUUAUAUUGGAAUUGUAAAUAUAAACUAUACGAUGUGAUAGUGAAUUUUCACAUUCGUUAGACAUUUAAAACGAAUUUAUUGAGAAAAAAACGGGUAGGGUUUAAACCCCAUGACCUCCCCCCCUGUGAAUACGUCCAUGGUGUUAUCUGUAAACCACCUGGGAACCAAUUCUAUAAUUGGAAACAAACUCUUAUUGGACCCUAAAAUUAUUACCUAUUAGUUAUAUAUUAAUAUAAGAAAAUAAGUAACUUGUAUUAUUAUUGUAUAGUUUCGUAUCGCUUUCAUCUAUUUGACUUCCUAUAUGACGUACUUCUUUAAAAUUUGAAAAAAAAAAUUUUAAAUUUAAGAUGCGUAAGUGUGCAAUUUUUAAUUUUACUUUAUCGACGUUGAAAAUACAUUUUUUUUGCGUAAUUAUUGUUUGUCAAAUUAUGAGAAAAUAUAUUGAUAUACAUUAAUAUAUAAAUAUAAUCUCGCACAUAAUUUAAUGCGAUCUCAGGGUCGUAGUUCAAUAUUGAAAUUAUUAAAUUGAAAAUAAAAUUAUUUGGUAUAAUACUAUUAUAACUAAAGUAUAACUCUUAAACUCUUAAUAAUGAAAAACAAAACAUGCGUCAUUAAAGAUAUAUGUGUAUAUUUACUGUAUAUUAUACAGACCUGUAAUAUAUUUCUUUACCCUGCGCUCGUCCCUUAAGACUCGUCAUUUUGUAUUUAGAGAAUCUGCCAUUAUGAUAUAGGAUAGGUAUGUAAACUGCAAGGUUCGGAAAAAUUAAAUCUCUAAAUUUAGGUAUGGUGAAAAAAAAAAGGGGAUUUUGAAAAGAGCAUCCGUAUUAGUCGUCUUCGGCAAUUGAGCAGCGCAGAUUAGAGCCUUUUAUAGAAUUUGAAAAGAAUAAGCGUUCCUUUCUUUUUAUAAUUUUAGAAUGUUUUAAAAUGUAAUUAAUACGUCGUCGUAUAAAACUUAAUAUUAUUUUACGUGCCCCAAGAUUCGUAUACAAUUCGCAAAGUGCAGUGUAUAUUAAACAGUAUCUAUAUAAUAUUAUAUUUGCAAAAGACGUAUUAUACGAAGAAACAUUAUCAAUAUUCUUCUUUUUCUUUUACCAGCUUGUAUAAUUCACGAAGGACAUUUACCGCUUCCGCCAAACCCUCCCCGAGAUAAGUAUUUCGUUUGGCCUUCGCGGUCUUCCAACAUAUUCUUGUCCCUCUGUAAACAUUUUAUAAUUUUAAACAUAAAUAAUGCAUCAUUUAAAUACAUUUCAAAUUAACUAUUUAAUAUUUCAGGUUUUAUAAAAGCGUAAAAUGUUAUGCUUACAAUUUUACCUUUUUAACUUUUUAACAUUUCAUUAAAAAUUUUAAUAUAAGACUUUUAAAUAAUUAAUAUUUUACCAAUUCUUGCUUUUUAUUAUAUAUUAAAAGUUUAACUUUACAGAUUUGAUAGUGCGUUAAAAAAGUAAUGUUUAAAUGAAUAUUAUCAUUGCAUUCAUAUUAAAACUUUUUAAUUACAUUCAUAUGUCAAUAUCUAAAAAUUAAAAAAAUUAAAGUUCAACCAAACCUUCCAUUUUAUUAUCUUUAGAAGAUCUAACUGAACAGAUUUAAUUUAACAUUUAAAAUUGUGGAGCAAAUCCGUUGUGAGCGUAUUUUUAUAAGCCCACCCCCCUUAAAAGGGUUGAGAGGUGAAAGAGGAUGUUGCACGGGAAAAGCAUACUUUCGGUAAAUGGAGUAUUACUUAAAAUAAAUUUCGGUGUUAAAAUUUUUGAUUUCCAUUGAUCCGUUGACGAGAUUUCCCACUUUUAAGUGCUCCGCUACUCUCCCUCUACCUGUACUUAAAAGUGAGAUGUCUCGUUAACGGGUUGAUGGAAAUCAAAAAUAUUAAUAGCAAAAUGUAUUCAAAGUAAUACUUUGUCUAUUUAUGGAAUUUUUAAUAUAGGUUCUCAUGUAAAAAAUCAAAGUUAGUAUCGUCACAGGAUACUCCCGAAAUGUUGUGAAUAUCUAAAUAUCGGCUUUAAUUUCUUUUACAAAUUCCAACAAUCAGAAUUUGAAUUAAUGUUAAAUUUAACCAAAUAAUGGGGUGAAUACGUUUAAUGAAACAUUCUGUAUAAGUAGUAUGUCAUACGUUAUUGUUUGUUUUCGAUGUUCGUACAGAAUCAAAGGCCAGUUUUCACCAUCGUAUAAUAUCGUUUCUAUCAUAUACAUGUAUAGUUAAACAGGUAUAAUCGAAUGGUUCUUUUGAUCAAUAGGAUUGUAAUAGCCCGUAAUGCGUAUUUACUAGGGAUUUAAAAGGGUGACACCCUCCCCUAGAAAUACGUGAUUUCUAUAAUAUAAGUGGGUUUGGUAUGAUUUAAGUGGAAUUAGCGGUCUAAAUUGUGUCAGUGCAUCCCUUCUCCCCCCCCACAAAAAAAAAAAAAUUAUAGAAGCUAUUAUAGCUAUAUAGAUGGGUGGGUACCUUCCCACCGAGUGACACGAAAUAUUAUUCAGUUUAAAUUCGAUAGCGAUUUCUACCGCGCGCAUUCGAGGUGACGUCUUGUGCAAUUACUAUCUGUUUGUGUAUUAUUAUAUCAGGUAUACGGCGGCAGUGUUGUAAAUUUCGCGAAUUGCUGAAAUGUACGUAUACGCACGAGAGGAAGAACCAACGAUGUGCAGCUAAUAUAAACGGUCGGCAAUACAGAAUUUUUUAUACUAUGAUGAUGUUUUUAAUAUUGCGAGCCGUAGAGUUACAAAAUAAUAAAAUCGCGGUAAUUUUUUUUUUUUUUCUUCUAAUCAAACCAGAUUAUUUAUACGCGAACCAAAUUAUUUAUUACUUAUACACAGUCGUACUGUAUCUAUUUGGAAAUUAUUCGUAUUACAAUGUUCUACUAUUUCUCUCCUGUGCUAUUACGCUAUAUAUAUAUAUAUAUAUAUAUAUAUAUAUAUAAUAUAUUAUAAUCGCGCUUUAUCGAUUUAUUUCAUUUGUCGGUUUUUAAUUUUGCACACAGGUAUUAUAAUAGUAUUAAAACACGAACAAAAUAUAUAAAUAUUCCAUUUGUACAACCUGCUGCAUUUUUUAGUCGUAUUGAUUAUAUUAGGAAUCUAUUAAUAGCACGUUUUUACAUGUACUAUAACGCGAGAUUAUAUAGGAAACAAAAUGUGUCGUACCUAAUAAUUUUUAUUAUAACUAUUUAAAUAAUGAUUAGGUCGGAUUCAUUGACAAAUCACACAUAUUAGCGUGUUAGAUGGGUUUUACGAAAACCGACGCGUAAUUAUAGUUUUUAUUGUGUAUAAUAACAUAUUAUGAAACGACAAAACGGACAACAUCAAUAAACCCAUCACGGUUUUAGAAAAUAAUCUAACUUAUUAGUUGUUAGCUUACUGCAGAGGCAGUUAAGUUAACAUUUUAUUGACGAUCGCUGUAGAUUAUAUACCCCUCCUACUUAUUUGAGAUUAUAACUUAAUAUAUAAUCAAAUAAUAUAAAAACAAUACAAUACAAUUAUAAUUAUCUGAAUGCAAUUAAAAUAAAUUAAUACAAAUUCUAAAACCGUAAAUGCUAUAAUAAGCACAUAUAGACAAUUGUUUUAAGUAACAAAUUAGAAAAAACAGCAAAUUACGUUGAUUAACCUAUCAAAUAUUUAUUUAUAAUUCGAUAGAAACAAUUUCAAUUUUUGUUCAUACAUAUUCAUGUACCCGACGUGAUUUUGUAUAACAAAUCUAGGGUUGUACUUGUUUUCGAUUAAAUUUCAACAUGAGUUUAUUAUUGUAGCUCGUAAUACAGUUUUGAAAUAACUGAGGUUUUGUGUUAAUUUUUUUUUUUUUUUUAUCAUGCUUAUAGGGGAAAAACUGACUCUAUCACCAUGACUGCCAGGCUUUCCACAUAGGUACAUAUAAAGUUAGGCUAUCUAGUUGUUUUAUGUAUCUAAUAUGGAUAAUACUUACUAUUUAUAAAAUUUGUCGAAUACCGAAUUAAAACGUUUAUAUCCGUUUUGUCGAUUUUUUCUGUCCAUAUUUUAAUUUCAUAAUUUUCCUUAAGCUAAAUAUUUUAUAAUAACAUAUAUAAGAUAUUGUUUCUCCGUGUAGUUCAAACGCGAAUAUAAUAAAACGCGUUUAAAUUGUUCCUCUUUUCUCCAAGGAGUCGUUCCGGAAUUAAUUAUAAUAAUUGUUAGAUAUAUGCUACUUAAAUUGAGAAAUAUGAUUAUUAAAAAGUUUUGUUUUUUUGAAAUUCGAUACCGUUGGGCACCGCCUAUUGUGAUUUGCUAUUACGUGAUAAUGAUAAAUGAUACUAUUGUGUAGGCGCGUCUGGUUUUCCUUUUAUAAUAUAAUUAUUAAAAUUUUCUAAACAAACUUUCGUAGAAUAAAAAUCAAAUUCACACAACAUACGACGUUACAAACAAUUUUAGAUAUUUAAUUAUUAUAAUUAAUUUUACGCUGCAAUUUUUUUUCAGUUUUAAUUUAGUAUAUCAUUAUUAUAUACUAUACAAGCAUAUUAAAAUGUUAAGUAAUUUAAUUAUACAGUUAAUAAUCACAGUUACAUAUUAAUGAUAAAUUGAUGACUUAUUAUUACGAAAAUUAGAAUUUUUGACGUUUCAAUGAUAGUAAUAAUAAUUUAUUGAUUAAGGGGCUUCGUCACUAUAUCGUUUGAUUCAUCUGUCUGUCUAAUGCGUAAUAUAGCAAUAAAGAUCAUUCUGCAUUUCCACAACUGUGUCUCUCUGGUUGGGCUUAGGGAAAAUGGAUAUAUGACACAUUUUAGAAAGUAGAAUAUUUACUGUGGAUCAUCAUGCAAAUGAUUUUUUUUUUCUAAUGUAUAUUUUUAGUUUUUUCAUGUGCGCGUGUUUAAAUUAAAUUAAAUUAAUUUUAAUUUUAACCAUUGUAACAACAUAUUGAGGAAUUUAUGUAUUUAAAAAAAAAAAAAUCAUUCGAAUUCUUUAUAGUAAAUACUUUUCUUUAUAAUAUGUAUAAACCUUUGCCCUAAACUCGACUAAAGAAUCCCAAUCAUGGAAAUGCAGAAUGAUUUUAUUAUUUAUACAUAUAUAAUGCGCGUGACAGACAGAAAAAACAAAUGUUAUAGUGACGAGGCUCCUUAAAACUUAUCUAUAUAUUUCAAACGAUUUUAAUUAAAAAUAAUAUUAUUGUUUGCCUACACGAAGGCAACAUUGUUUUUAAAAUAUUUUGCACGUUUAACUGCAAUAUUGACCUAUUUUUUAACGUCUUUUUAUUAAAGCUUUGCCUUUUUUUUUAUAGAUAAAUUAUCAAUAUAAAUAUAUUAACUACGGCAACUCUAAAUAGGUACAUUUUUAAAACUCAUAUUUUUUACCAGAACUGUUUACUAUUAGUCUUUAUAGCUUUUCUUGAACUGAAGUUGUGUUUAGGCCGUUUAGGAUCUAAUACAAUAAGGAGUGUUAUAUUUACUAUAUGCUAUGGUAUUACGUCAAUAUUUUUCACGCAACAAAACUUAUGAGUUAAUAAUAAUAAGAUUAUCACGACAAUAAAUUUCAUUUAUUACUCGUAAUAGAAUAUAUUUUGUGUGACAUUUUAUCUUAAUGAUUGACGAGGCUAUAGUACGUAAUUGAAAACGACUAGUUACAAAACUAGCUUUAUAUAUUGGUGUAUCUACUAGUACUAUAUUACGAAUUAUGAUAAAAGUCUUCUCAAUAUUUUCGAUGUUAACGACAAUUUUUAAUUAUUUAUUGAUUUGUUUGAAUUAACUUUUAAUACAAAUUUUUGAUAUUAAAUUUUUGCGUGAACUAUUGCUGUAUUCAAAAAAUGUAUGCGUACAAAUUGAUCAUACGUUGUCUGUCCGUCUCUAGUAUUAACUUAAAAAAAAAAACGUAUAUCGUAUACGUUUUAAUAAGCCUUAAAAAUUGAUAACAAAAUUCGCAAAGCGACAAUAUGUAUUUAAUAAUAUCCUAAUAUAUCCUACUCGAUCGCGUGUCUUAUGAAAUACGCAUAUUCGUGUAAUAAAUUUACUGGAUUUAGGUGUCAGGGAAAAAUCGAAAAUGGAAACACUUUCCCCGGGGAAAUCCAAGAAAGCGUGCACUCGUGUUAUAUAAUCAAUAUGACCAAAUUGUCGGGAGGAGUUUUAAAUUAAAUCAUCUACCUAUUGGUUUUGUUACAAAUAUAAUUAUAGUAUCUAUUUUGAAAAUAAGAAAAUAAUAAACAAUAUUUUUGGAAAAAUCUUCGAGGGGGGCCGGAAUUGAAUCCUCCAAAUCUCGUCUCUGGUGCGGCCUUGUAUACAGAGUGUACUCUUAUCCACAGGAUUGGACAAUUUCCUAUAUGUAAUUUUAUAGGAAAUGGUCAAAUCCUGUAAAUAUACGAACAAUAUAAGUAUUAUGCGACAGAUAUAUAAAACAACUAAAUAGCCGAUUCUGUGUUAAAGUCUCAUGAGGCCUAUGAAGUCUUAUAGCCAUAUGCGAAAAGGGCAAAAUACGAUUGAUUAAUCCAUGAAAUAUUCAAUGACUCUGUGGAUUAUGUAGACAAUUAUAACAAUAUUGUCAGUUAUCGCCUAAACGGCCGAACAAUGAUUAAUAUUUUUUUAAUAAUAAUAACUAAGAGGACGUCAUAACCGCAUCUACAAUUACGGUCUCAAUCCAACUACCGGGUUAAUAUAAAAAAAAAGUUUAUGUAGAAUAAGUAAAACUAGCUUAAGUUUGAUUUUAGAAAUAAAGGACCUAUUAUGAAAUUUAGAGAGAACAAUAUUUUGGAGGGAAUGUCUUAGGUGUUUUUUUGAAUUAUAAACUAUUAAAAAAGAAAAAAAGAAAAGCUUAUUUUUUAUAUCGAGUUGUAUACUUUGAAUAAUACAAAAACUCUAUAACAUUCCCUCAACAAUAUUUUUUUCUAUAAAUUUCAAAAUAGGUACUUUUAUUCUAAAAUUAAAAUUAAAUUAGUUUUACUUAUUCUGCUUAAGCAUUGUUUUUGCAUGUUACCCGGCAGUUGGACUAGGUCAGUCGAUGCGGACAUAACAUCCUUUUAAUAUAUAUUAUAAUUAUAGAUUUAUAUAUCAUCAAUAAUAGCAUGAUUAUUAUAGUAGUUACUAGUAAGUCAUAGUUAAUACUUAACGAUAAUUUAACGAUUAAAUCUAUGCAAAUAUUUUACUUGUAUCUGGUGUUGUGUCUGUGAUUUGAUGUAAUUAAAUGCUUAUGAUUAUAGAAUUAAAUUAAAACGGAUAAAUUGUAAAUAAACUUAAAGUCCUUCACCUUAAAUUAAUUAUCGAAUGUUAACCAAAACAAGUUUGUAUGUCGGAUAUAUUAUUAUAAUCAAAAAUUGUUAUUGUUUUAAUCACCGAUAUAUUUCAUGAAACAGUAUAGAAUGCCAUGGACUAGUCAAUCGCAUUUUACCCUUUUCGUAUAUGGACGCUACUUCUACUUUAUUCGUUGAGUCGACUAUAUAGUUGUUUUAUAGAUCUAUGGUUAUUAUGCACAGUAAACAUAUAAUAACAAUAUGUUCUGCUAGUAAUAUAGUAUUAUCCGCUAUGCAGGACUAAUUUAUAGUGUGUUUGUCGUUUUGCAUGUGCAGGCUGUCUCAGACAUGGGAAGCGAGCACUACUGUCUUCGUUGGAACAAUCAUCAGAACAACCUGCUGGGCGUAUUCAGUCAACUGCUCCAAGAAGAGUCCCUUGUGGACGUGACGCUCGCUUGUUCGGAAGAAGGACGUCUGAUCCGCGCCCACAAAGUGGUGUUGUCCGCGUGUAGCGCGUACUUCAAGGCACUGUUCCUAGACCAUCCAACCCGGCACCCGAUAGUGGUGCUCAAAGACGUACAGUUCUCUGAGCUUCGCGACCUGGUCGAAUUUAUGUACAGGGGUGAGGUCAACGUUGACCACAGACAGUUGACCACGUUGCUGAAGACGGCCGAGAGCCUGAAGGUCAAGGGGCUGGCCGACAUGGCUCGCCCCAACGACGGCGACGAAGACACGGUCGGCGACCGUGUCGAACUGGUGCCCGCCGAUCGAGAUGACGAGCCCAUGGAACCUGAAGACCUGCGGCCGUUGAGCCGGUGCCGAACACCGGUGCCCACGGAGAGCCGCACGCCGUCGCCGCCGCCCACCGAGAGCGACGACAACCUGUCCAUGCAAAGUGAACCCAGCGACAUGACCACAGUCGGCCGGCACGAUCCGCUCUCCCCGUCAGGUUCCGGUCUGCCGCCCGUUCAGCAAGUACCUUUGGUGAGUAUUCCUAUAUUACGGUGAUACAAACUCUGCAUGAUUGCGUUUAUUUCUCGUUCGUCAACCGUAUUCACCGCGAUAACCGUGCGAGUAGACGACACGGCAACCGGCGCACGAUGCGAUUUGUAAUUAGAAAAAAAAAAAAAAAAAACGAAAUAUGUAACCAAAAUAUUAUUAUACCCACGGUGUAUUGUUGUGCUCGCUAUUCCGAUAAUAUUAUUUUCGAGUGCGUAUACACUUACAUAAUAUACGUUUCGAGCGUGUGUGGGUUAAUUUUAUAUAUAUAUAUAUGUAUUCUUUUUUUCGUAUAUACCGCCAUCGGCUUCUUUCGGUAUCGAUCCGGCCUCUGCGCGCGUACAAACCGGCGAGCCAGCCAUCCGGCCGGGUUCAAAGGAACUCAUUUGUCGGCCCGCCCGCGUGGUAUAAUUGGAUUACGUUGACAAAAUAUCACACGAUUUCUUCGGCCCGCGGGCGACCCGUGAACUAAAACGUAUACAAUAUAUCGCCGUUAUUAUUCUGUAACUAUCGCAUCGCGCGCGCGCGCGUUAAAAGCGAGGACGUUUAAAAGCAAUAUACUAGAUACCUAUGUAUGUAUAUAUAUAUAUAUGUUUACGAUCCUAAAAUGUUUGCCGAAAAAUCACAAAGGCGCCGCGUCGUCGUUCGCGAUCCCCGCCGCCUCCGUCCUCGCUCCCGGCCGUCCGCCCCGCCACGCUCCGCCCGACCGAACGGGUUUUUGCCGUAACCUAUUAACGCGUGUCGAUUUUACGCACGGUUGUAUUGCUAUAAUGUUUUCCAAAGUCUCUGUCGCUGUUACGCGAUUAAAAUAAUAACGUUACGAUAUACAACACCGUCGUUAUUAGUGCCGGGCCGCGUGUAAACAGCGUUGGUCGGAUGAUUGUCUAUCGGUUCGGCGAAAUCGUCGAUCAGAUUUCGCUUCGUUUUACGCGUGCGGUAUUUCGUUAUUACCGGGGCUUGGGUGUCGAAAAGGGCCAAUCUCAAUUUUUCAACCGAUUUCCGGAAAUUAUAAAGAAUCAAAUACAUUUUCGGGCCUUUUCGAUAUUGCAACAGACAUUUUUCCAACGAAAUUGGUCUUUUCAAAUCUCACAAUAAUGAUUAUUGAGCCCUUUUACUACACCAUUUUACCACUAGAAAAACCAUGUAUACAUUUAUUCAAUUGAGUCCGUAUAACUCAUUUUUACCAAAAGGUGGCAUUGGCCCUUUUUGUCCAAGCCCCAGAUUUAAAUAGAAAAUAUGUCUCAUCCGUAUUCUUCGUUCAUUAUAAUUAUCAAUCAUUUUAUCCCUAUCAAAUAUUUUACAGAACUAUAAUAAUAUAAUAUGCACGAACAAACAAUUAAAAGCGAAUAGAGUUUGGUUUAAAUUUUAAAAUCCAAAUCAUCGUAGUCUUCGGAAGUAAUAUGAUCUAUUUCCAAACCGCCUUAGACAUUUUAAAAAUCUUCUGACGACGAGAACAACGAAAAUUAUAUUUCAUUUAUAUUUUAUAGUUUUUAUAUUACCGCAGGCAGAAAAACGUCUCAGAGUAAAACAAGACAAUUAAUUUACGGUUUUACGUGAUAACACAAUUAUAACUAAAUGAUAUUCGGAUAUGUUCAUUAAAUAUUUCGUAGAUUAAACAAUGCUUAAAGUUUUACAGAACCGAAAUCAGUUCAAUAAAUUAAUGAUCCAAUUACCACGUGUUUGAUAACGUUCAUUCAUUUUGCGAUCGGCUCUGUUAUGUCUCAAUUGACCCGGCAAGAGUAAAGAAUAGUCGUAUAAUAGGUAUAGGCACGCGUGUAUUUUAUAACAAUUAAUACAAAUAUCGAAUAAGCAAAGAAAUAUUAUCAUACCGUGAACUGUAUUUGUGACUUUGAACAGACUGCAUUCGUAUAGUAUGGUAGUUUAAUAUUAUUUAAAUAUCCACUGUAUAUGCCUACCGUUUGCAGUACCUAAACGUUUAAAAAUAUCGUGAAAUUUAAAAUUAUCUCUAGAGUGAAACAUACGGUUUAAAAAAAAAAAAUAUGUUACAACACCUUUGUUGUCAUAAAUACCAUCACUGCCAAAUCAAACAUACGAAACAUGAAAUACAUAAUAAUUUUAUUAUUAUUAAUCGGUAAAAGAAAACUUUGAAUCGUUAUGAUGUGUGUAACAGAAUUAUAAUCACCGCAAAGAACACUGCAAUAAGCGUAAUAAUGUUAUAUUAUGUAUUCGUUUUUAAGUUGUUCGAUAUUUAAAGUGGGGGGAGGGCAAAUAAUCAAACACAAUAAUGUACACUCGUGUUCAAAAUUUAAAAAAGUAAACAUGUUUUAAUUGGCAGCCGUCAUAUUAAUAUACGGGGGAACUUUUGAAUCUUGAAACCUGUACUUAUUAUAAUAUAAUAUAUCAGUUACUUCAAAUAGAUCGGAGAAUCAUUUCUUUGCCAUAACAAUUAUGGUGGUUUAAAAUUGUUUUUCGAUUCGGUCAGAUUACUCAGAUUUCGAGUAUAUAACUUUUAUAUCUACAAGAGUCGUUGAUUGAAUUAUCCGCGGUUUUGCGUGAUAUCGACAAAGCUGUUAAAUUUUAAAUGCAUUAAAAAUGACAUGGUUUUUCACCCCUAUUCACAAUGACGAACUCCACCAACACUCGUCUACGAAGGUGAGUUUAUGAUAAUAUUAUCGUCUGACAAUAAUGCAAUGUAAAUAAUAUUUACUACAUUAUACGAUUAUUAUUACAAUAUAAAAAAAAAUCCAGUAUAAGCAACAAGUGUCUAUAAUUAUAUCGUGUAAGUAAAAAAUGAGAAAAAAAAAUCAAUUAUUUUAAACAUUGUUAACGUUUCCAUCUUUGUAUUAAUAUACUGUUACGUUAUGUUUAUUAAUUAAAAACUCUUAAUAAUGUACUGCAGUGUCAUAUUUUCAAUUUUCAAUUAAUUCUAUUCGUUUUAUCGGUUAUACAUGUUUCAGUAAUAUUGAGUAAAUGGUAUGUCUAAAUUGGACAUUGGUCUUGUUUGAUUUUCUGUGAUCUAUAUAUUUGAAAAGAGAUAAUUUUUGAUAAUUAAUUAUAGAUAAGCCUUACCGAAUAGUCUUUUUUUCGAACAAUCUCUUGAUUUACUAUUGUCAUCAAUAACUCUACGACAAAACCUAUUAACGUCGAUCACUGUAAAAUAUAGUUAGCGUUUUUUUAUAAUUAAUAUACAAUUUAAAAUAUUGCGUAAGAUCUAUAACAAAAAUAUAAUUUUCAAACAAAUGAAAAAUAUAGGAUAGAUGGACGGCUGGAAAAUCCCGAAAAAUGUUUGUAUGAACUAUAAAAUUCCAGAAUAUAAAUUUACGGACAAGAAAACGGCGGACUAAAAAUCCGGAAAAUGAAACACCGUAAAUGUCCGGACUGUAAACGGCCGGAAAAAUAAAUGUUCUGACCAGAAAGUCUCGCAUUAUAAUAAUCCAAAAUACAAAAAUACGCACACUGUAAUGUCCCGGACGAGAAAUUUCCGGGAUGUAAUACCCCGGACAAUUUCUGGAAUGUCACGCACAAGAAUAAUCCAGAAUUUCAAAAACACUAUUAAUACUGAUAAUCGUGACACCGAGUCUGAGCAUGUCUAUCCAUCUUUGAAAACAGCCAUAAAAUCAUGAACCUUCUUUAAAUCUUAAUUCGUUGAUUCUGUUUCUACCGUGUAUGCGAAACAUUACCAUCUAUCAUUUUUUUUUGUUAAAUUCCAGAAAGCUCUUGUCCGGAACAUUACAGUGUGCGUAUUUUUGUAUUCCGGCUUCUUAUAAUCGGAUACUCUGUUAUUGGCAUUUAUGCUUUCCGGAUUUACAGUAUAGAAUAUUCUGGUCAGAACAUUUAUUUUUCCAACCGUUUACAGUCCGGACAUUUACAGUGUUUCAUUUUCCGGAUUUUUAAUCCACUCUUUUCUUAUUUGUAAAUUUUUAUGCUGCUAAUGAUUUUUUCCCGGAAUAUUACUGUAGUAUUGCAGAAAAAAAAUCAUCUGUAUGAUUACUGAAAAUUCCCUGAUUUUUACAGACCGUCUGAUUAUUUUCCGGAAAAUUCUAGUUUAGCAGAUAGGUAUUAUAGUUACCUAUACUAAUAUUGUCGAAUUCCUUCUGAAAAUAGAAGCUAUUUUUCUUUGUAUUGUGUUUAUUAUAUGUAUACAUAUAUAUUUUUCUUUAAGCAUUUGGACACUUUAAGUGGCUCCCUCCGACCAAAAGAGCUAAAAUUCGGUAAUUAUAGAGUUGUUUUAUUGACGGAUUGAAGUAAAGUAAUUUUGGUUGAAUUUCAUUAUGAGUUUCAGCAUUUUGUUGCGGUUGAAAGGUUUAUUAUAGCUAUUUGUACACUACCACAGACUUUUCAAAUAAAACCAGAGGUAUAUGUAAUUGUGUAUACCCACGAUACGUAUAAGUACCAACAGUAUGUAUUUUGGUGGUUUCAACUUUCAACCUUUGCCCUAACUAUUUGUGUGCUCAGAUUUAACAGUUUUAUAGGAAAUACUGUAGAAUAAACAUAUCCUUACAGACUCAUGGACGUAAAUAACUUGUUUAAAAUGUGUAACGUAUAAAUCGAAUUGUAGUCGAGGUGCGUGCCUUUAAAAGGUUCCAACUUCCAACUCUAGAUCCCACCGUCUGUUUGUGUUUUAGCAAAAAUGUCGAGAACUAUACUUUACUUAUUUUGAUGAAAAAUUGUUUAUUUAAUUCCUUAUCAUUAUAAAAAAAAAAAACAUUACAUAUUGUAACAACAACAAGUCAGCUAGAGGAAAAUUUAACUUCAGUGUGGAACCCUGUAGCUUAUUUUUUUUUUCAAUAGGUUUUUAAUAAUUUAGUUUUAUUCCGAAAUAAUGUAGAACGAUACUUAGUAGAGUUUCAUUACGACAUAAACAAAUUACUACUUGAGAUUCCCAAUUGGGCUAAAUCGUAUACAAUCUUGUUUUUUCAUAUUGAAAACACUCAUUUAAAGACUCAUUUGAAUUGUUGUUUUCUUCGUACGCAACAAUUAAAAUACCAGUGGACUGGUGACUAUAUUAAUUUAGUACCAAUUUACAAUAAAAACAUCGAUUGUAUAUUUUUUAUAUUCACAAUUUAUUAAAAAUGAAUGCACAAUAUAAUUAUAACUAUGACCGUAUAAGGGGGAUAGGAGGGGAAAUUAUCCCAAGUGGCAGUAAAAAACAUUGCUAAUUGAUAGGCUAUUAAUGUAGGUGGGAAGUUGAUAGGAUAAUUUAUUUAAUAUAUGUAUAUAACAAUUAGCAUACAUCCAUUUUGAAUGCAGUUCAGUUAACCAUUUCUAGUUUUUCCUGGAUUUACUUAAUAUUAUGAAAACCACUUGGAAAAUAAAAAUAUAACCUCCUUCAAUUAUCACCCAGAUAAAAUUUCAGAAAUGGUACUAAAUUUGAAAAUUGAAACAAGAUUUCCGAUACCAAAAAUGUUCACAGAUAAAAAAAAAACAUCAUUUAAAACCAAUAGGUACAUUCUUCGCUACAGUCUGCAUCUGAAAUAAUGUUAUAUUUAUUAUCAUAAAUACAUAUAUGUAUAUACAUACAUAUGUUUUAUGUGUACUGAAUUUCGUCUUAUAAAUAUUUGUUGAAACUUAUAAUUAUUUUAGUUUAUUCAUGGUUUUUCGAUUAGGGUCUUGAAAAAUGGCACCUUUUACCCUUUAGGGACUCCAAAAUUAGUUAGCUCUUAUAAAUUGGAAUAGACAAUUAAGUAAAACUUCAUGUAUUGUGAAUAACAAUAAGUAUAUUAUAAAUAUAUUUUUAAUUCUUAAAUCUUAAUAUCAAAUUGGGCCUUUUCAUAUAUAAAUAUAAUAUAAAAUGAAUCUAAUAAAUCUACAUCUACAAUAAACAAGUUUUUGCGUUGGAAAUAAAAUGUCAGCUAGUUAGCCUAGUUAUCUGUUAUAGGUCUAGGUCAAUUGACCGAUAACUAAAAUACCGACCGAUAGUGACAAUUCACCAAAUUACUACCUUUUAAACAUGUAUAAUCAAACUCCGCUCAGAAUCGUUUUUCGUUAGCAAAGAUUAAUCGUUGCGUAAUCGAUUUUUAAAAUAAAAAUAUAAAUUGUAUGAUAUUAUAAAUUAUUUUCGAUCGACUGUGCAUCUCUUGUCUAUUAUUAUUAUACAAAUUCGCUGUACAGGUGUAAUAGCAAUAAAAAAAAAAAAAAAAACAAAACAAAAUCAUAACAAAAAUACGAUAAGGAUGUAAUAAACCCGAACAAAAUAUCAAAAUUAUAUUUAAAAUACCAAUGCGCAAGCUCAUGAAGAGAAAUCGAUAAAAUAACAAUCUUGUUGAAAAAGGAAGAGUAUUAACUUUAUAAAAUAUUUAUUGCUUUAGUAAAAUUAAUUUAUUUUCGUUGAUAAAUAUUAUUUUGUUACAAUAAGAAAAUAUAAAUUAUUAAUUUAUGAUGAAUAGAACAUUGGCUGCAUAUAAUAUAUUUAAAUAUUUUUCAUAAUCGUAUAAUUACAUGAUUAUAAUUUUAUAAAUUAUGUACUGCAAUAAUGUUGUAUAAGCGAAUGAAUUCAAUAUUAAUAAUUGUGUACAAUAAUAAAACAAUAUAAUUAAAAUAUGAAAUAAAAUAAUAACUUUAUAAACAAAGACAUAUACGCCUAUAUAGUAUUAUAAUAUACGAAAGUUCUGUAUCGCGUGUAGCUAUAUCAAAAGCAAGAUCAUAAGUUACGACUAUGAAAUUACUAAUGACUUUUUUUUUUUGCAUACUUUAUAACCAGGAAAUCCUUCAUGCGUGAUUUAUUAUGAAUAUGCAUUGAAGUUUAAAAAUGUAAUUCGGCAACUCAAGGUACAGGCGCGUUUCAUUAAAACGUGAAAUUCAGAGGGCAGAAAUAAAAACGACUAGAAAUGUACGAUUGAACUGGGGUACUUAUAUAUCUACCAAAUUUAUCUUUUACACGACCUCGAAAUGUAGGAGAAAUUAAUUUUAUUAUAUCAAAAAAAUAUAUUAUGAUCUAAAAACGAAAAUUUACAACUUUAGAAAUACCAAAUUAUUUACUUUUUUAUUAUAUAUUAUAAAUUAUUAAAUAAUAAAUAAUUUAUAGGUAAUAAAUGUAGUAAAAUUUUAAAAAAAAUUAAGCAAUAAGCGCCGAUUCAUUUAACCUGUUAUAGACAUAUUUUUAGUAGAAUUGUGUAAUUGAGUUUUAUUUUAAAUAAUCUUGGUAACAGACUGUAUGUAGAUAUUACAUAUUAUUCUAUUGUGCAUGUAAAUAUUCUCGUUUCAAGCGCUAAAAUAUUAUUGUUUUACCCAGUGGCGCCGUUUCGGAUGGCUUAAUUACGGGAGUGGGGAAGGCUCUUAAAAAAAAUCAAUUAUUUUAUGUUAAUAUUACAAAUUAAAAAUGUAUGAGUCUCAGGAGACACUUGUAGUUUGUUUAAUCGAUUAUGCUAUCGAUGGAAUAAGAUAAUAUCGAACAAAUCAAUAUCUAUGACUAUGUUUAUAGUUUACAUGAAAAAUGAUGUAUGGGUUUAUUACUAUAUGUUGAAAAUAAAAAGACAUUUUAUUUAACUAAGUACAAAACAGAUAUUUUAUCUCAGUCGCUUGUGAUUUUUUAAAUAAAUUUAUAAAAAGAAGUGUGCAAUAUAACUAGAUUUGUGUAUGAUUAUUUACGUAUUUUUUUUUACAUUGUCUGGAACAUUUUUAAGAAUUUCAUCUAAAAUUCUUGACUUUGCUACUGGUCUUACUGUCGAAGCUUAAUGAUUAAUAUUAUUGUUAUUUCAUGAAUUUUAUAAUUAUUGUUAUUUAAAUUUUAUUAUUAACAAAAUUAAAAAAAAUAGAUUAUUUCAGAAUUUAGAGUUAUUAUUUGCUAUAUCAAAUAAUAAUUCAAAUAAAGUUUAUCGUACUUAUUUAAACUCGUAUAUAUUUAUACAAUUUCGACUUUUAUAAACUACUGCAGGUAUUGUUUUCAGUAAUAAUUAUUAACUACAUAUUCUUAUAUACUUAAUUGUAAAAGUGAACGAAUUCAAAAAAUUAAAUUUUAAACGUAUAACAAUUAUUCGACUGAAAAAACUACAAUUUACAGAAGUAGGCAUGAUAUAAUGCACCUAUAUAUAAACAUUUUAUUUUCCAUGUGCAUAUUGAAAAAGACGUCCUAAAAUAAUGAGACAAUGAAAACGGGCGCAGCCACUGUUAUAAGCAAUUUAAUAUAUAUAUAUAUAUAUAUCUGUAAGCAACGAUAAACCAUUGCUAACGAAAAAACGAUUCUGAACGCAGUUUAGUUCAUAGUGAUGCUUUGUCGACAAUUUAUAUUUUAUAUUAUGACAUCUAUAGGCAUUUUUUUUAAUGAUAUUUGUUUAAUUUUGUACCGAUUUUCCUAUAUUUUUUCCCGGUUUUCACAUUUUAUGGGAAAACUAUUGGAAAAAUCCAAAACUGACUUCCCUAAAGUACCUCCCCUGUCAGAUUUCCUUUUAGAAAAAAUGCUAUCAUUUUAAAUCGGAGCAAAAUUGCUGGUAGAAAAUUUGCACCCAGAAAGAAAAGGCCAUAUUUUUAUACUAAUACCUUUAUUUAGUAUAUUUUCUGUUUUUCAAACAUUUUCUCCCGAUUGUUUAAUUUUUUUAAGUUCAAUAUUUUUUUUAAAUUUUUAAUCAUCACCAGCCACUUUUAAAACUGUAACUAAAACGAUAUUUUCUGUCGUGUUCUAUUUUCUAUAUGGUAAAUGUUUAUAGAAGUUGUUUCUGUAGAUCGGCUAAAAAAAAAAAUACAAUGGGGGGUAUAACCCCUAACCUCCCCCCUCUUUGGACACGCCACUGAAUAUAAGUAUUUGUAUUAGCAAUUGUAUAAUAUAUAGUGUCUAAGUAUUGAAACAAUAUACAUACAUAUUAUACAUUGUAAAAAAAUAAUAAGUGAUGCAAAUUAUAUACCUGAGACCAACUUAUUAUACUGUCACCGUUUUUAAAUUCAAUCCGAAAACUACUUUUUUUUUUUUUUAUUAUCAAUGACAGAUAAAUUAUAUUAAAAUAUAAACGUUCAAAACGAAACGGCAAACAAUAAUGUUGGGUUAGAGUUCGAGUUCACGACACCCGACCCUUUUUAAAUCCUCAAACUGGUAUUCGUUCUGUACAUCGCCUAUAUUUUACUAAAUGUUAAUUUUCGUUUCGAUUGUACCUACUCGUAUUAUUUCCCCGUAAUGAUUUUCUUGUUUUCAAUUUUUUAUUUUUUAUUAAUUUCACGAUUUCUAAUUUACACUAAAAUAUACAAAAACAAAUAGCCAAAUUAUGUAUUUUAAUAAAUUAUUGUAUUCUAUUAAGUAUAUGAAUACAAAAUAAAAUAUAUCGAAAUAGUAGAAUAGACAUUUCAAUAGUAUAGAGAUUAUACCGCGCGAGUGUGAGAUUAUUGUUGUAUGGGCGUAUUCCAUACGGACGGUGUACAAAAAAUUAAACAAUUAAUGUUUUGCUAUAUAUUUUAUACUUUAUAUGAUAUUAUAUGAUAUAUCAUAUUAUACGUCAAAAAUAAUAUAAUAUCAUGAAAUAUGUUAUAUUUACACAAAUCAGAACUUAUUAUGCCAUUUUUAUAAAAACAACCACUAUACAUACGUCUGCAACACUAACUCCUCUACACAUAAUAUUAUAUGUUGGCCUUGUUUGUUCUUGUCUAAGCAUAUGUCUUCGUUUAUAUAUAAUAUAUACGUAACAAUGUAUAAGUAUAUUAUGUAAACUCCUAUAACAAAGGUUUUAUAUACGACCUUGAAAUACAUAUGAUAGUACUAUAAGAACAUUCGCAUCACGUAAUAGAUCAAAUUUCCUAGGGUAUAUAACUCUACUUUUAUAAUACGAGUGGAUAUUUUUAUAAAAACGUACUUGUAGGAAUAAAUUCGUCUUUUGUAUAGAAUACGCAUUAUGCAUAAUAGUAGAGUACCUUCUAUUCUAAUUAUAAAAGCGUAUGUAUAAAUGUAUAUAUAGAUAUUUUGUGUAAUACAAAUUAUCAUGGUUAUGAACUUAAUACCUACGCGUUUAUACAAUACCUAAAUUCGACUUUUUUUUUUUAUAUUUUAAUAAAAAUAAUAAAAGAGCCGAACAUACUUUGCACCGUUGGUGUACCACUAUUGUUGUAGAUGGAAAGUUAUAGGACAUACAAAGUAUUUUACUAUUAUAUUUAUACUAACGAUAAAUUAUUACACACGAAAAACGGUUCUCAACGAAGUUCGUAAUUUAAUAAAUAACAUGUUUUGAUAAAUCGAAAUUGAAUAUUUUAUUAGUUUCUAACGAUAAGAUAAAUUAUAGUUGUUCGUGUAAUAAACGAAUUUAACAUUAAUUUGUAUAUAAAACAAACGCUAAUAAAAAUAAAAUCAGAAGUAUUAUCCAAAUAAUUAAAAAAAAAACCAGAAUAUUUUUAAAAUUGCACCACGUCUAUAAAGUGCAAAUAUAAAUAUUCCAUGAAAGUUGCAUUAUGUAUUUAUGAUUAUUAGAUACGGAGAGUAGCAAGGGAUCUUAUGGUUUUACUACGGUGUGUGUUUGUCUAUGAGCAACUUUUCUACAAGAAAACUUGCUCCUAAGUAUCAAGUGUAGCAUUUUUUCUGAAAGAUAAUUUUAUCGAUGUGAUACUUUAAGAUGGUAAUUUUUAGAUUUUCUAAGGGGUUUUCAAAAUAAUGGGGGAAAACCCGAAAGAAAAUUAUAGGUAAAACGGUAAAUAUUUACGGCGUGCGUGGCAUGUCAAGGUUUUUAAUUUUUUUUUUUCACUGUUUUGUACCAUAAAUACUGCUCCAAUUGAAAAAUGACUUUAAAAAAUGAUUUUAUUUCUUUGAAUAUAUAUAGCUACUAACAAAGAAACUCAUUUUUUGAUAUCUAAAGUAGUUUUCAUAAUAAAUGGAAAAAAUCAAAAAAGAUGAAAAAUACGAUUUUAUUUUUUUUAUUACCGCUCAACGAUUUCAGUAUUUUACAUUUAUACGGCUUAUGUUUUCUACCAUAAAUAUAUCUCCAAUUUAAAAACGAAAAGAGACCUUUUAUGUUAAAUUUUAAUUCUAGUUUGUAACCAAGAAAGUCGUUUUUUGAUUUUCAUUAUAGUUUUUUAAUUAAACAAAACAGAAAAACGUAGAAAAAACAAGAAUACUUACGAAAAUAAUUCUUUUAUUAUUUUCAAUUUUGUUUUUUAAUAUAAAUCAAUUAAAUAUAUUCAAAACAUUAAACCAUUUUUGAGCUAUUUAUUUUAUAUUAUUUUGUGAAUUUUUAUUUGGUAGGUAUUCUAUGGAUAAAAUCGUUACACAGAAAUGCUUGAAAAUUUGACAGGAGAUUCAUUAAAAAUCGUGAUUUGUGGUAAAAAAAAGAAGAAAAAUCGAGUGUAAUAUGUAAUUUUAUUUUUUCAUACAUUUUUAAAAUAAAAUUUUGAUGAAAAUAUAGUAAGUAUUAUGGUCUUUUAAAACAUGGAUUCACGAACUUUCGCUUCGAAUCGUUUUUCGUUAGCAAUAGUCUAUCGUUGCAUAAGUUAAAUAACUUUAAUUUGUAUCCUGCCUUCCCCAGUGGCAGAUUUUCGGGAGAGGAAGAGGGUCCGAAGGAUAUGCAAGCAGCAAUUUAAUUUUAAUAAAAUUUCCUCCAAAAAAGAGGCAUAUAUUAUUAGAAGUACCUUCUAAAUACGUAUAAUUUUUCAGAAUCUCUCCCAGAAAAAUGUUGAAAAUCCGCUACUGUCCUUCCCAACUUUUCACUUACAAUAGUGGCUGCACCCUUCCUCAGUAUCAGCUCUUUUUAUUAUUACUUAAUUAUAAAAAAAAACAAAAACAAAACCGAAAAUAACAGAAACUAUUUUUCUGUUUUUUUCAUUAUGUAUUUAUUAAAAAAUAUACGGACAAGCCCUUUACAAAAUAGUAUUAUAGUACAAGAAAAAAAAAAUAUCACAUCACGUCUUUGGUGAAAAUACAAUUAUUGAAAACCUUCCUCAACCCUCCUCCUUUGGCCCAACAAACAUCUAAAUUCAAGAUGAUUGGAGAGUCAACAAUGGAUCAAUUUUUGAUACUAAGUUAUAUAAAUAGCAUUAUUUGUAAAGCCCUUAUGUUCUUAGGCUUCAUUUAAAUAAUUUUUUCUGAAUUAAAUCUUUCUGGCUCGCUUAAGUCUCUUUACUUUACACUUAUUCUGACUGGUACUAGAAUAUGGAUCGGUUAUUUGGGGCCCUCAGACAAAUGUCUAUAGAUACAUUACUGGAAAGUGUCGAGCGGAAAUUUGUUUAUUUUGCAAACUUAUUCACAAAAUUUUAUUCCUCGAAAGACUCAUAUCUGGUUUCAUCGAUUUUCCCUUUCCUCUUUCUCUUGUAACUUUUAAAUAACGACCUGGAGAUAAAUUCCAUUUUUAUUCUUCUUCAUUUCGUUAAUUAUCAUAGUAAUGAGACUUUAAACCACUAAACCCCAUAAUAAAACUUGCCAAUGGCAAUCCUUCAUUUAAUUUUGUUUAACCUUUUGUUUUUGAUAGGUACACACUUCAUUUUUUUAAAAUCUUGUUGUGUUUAUUGUUGUAUUUAUACAAAUCAAAUUGUACAUUGCUAACUAUUAUGCGCAAUCCUGUAGCUCAUUUAUAAAUAACGUACUCAUACUAUUUACUUUCAUAUUUUACCUAUAUAAUUUGCGUGAAAAUGGAAUAAAAAAUAUGUCCCUGAUUACCGUUAUAGAUAAUUUAAUGUACACCUGUAAGCAACAAUAAACUAUUGCUUACGAACAAACGAUUCUGAGCGGAGUUCAGUUAAUAGUGAUGCUUUGUCAACAAUAUAUAUGUCAUUUUAUAGUAAAAUAAUUAAAAAUUCAAUAGAAUUAAUUAAAAAUAAUUUAUAUAUUUUCUUUAAUAAUAUUCGUUUAAUGUUGUACCGAUUUUCUCAGUUUUCCCAUGUUUUAUUCCGGUUUUUCACAUUUGCUGGAAAAACUCUUGGAAAAAUUGAAAAAUAACAUCUCUUAAGUACCUCGCUAGUGAAAUUUCCUUUUAAAAACAUUACUAUCAUUAAAACUAAGAGAACAAUUUCUGGUAGAAAAAUUGUAUACAGAAAAAAAGUAUGCCGUAAUGUAUUUCAUCUAAUACCUACAUUACUUAUAUUUUCACCCCUCAGGGGAACACUUAGUGUUACGGGUAUAUCGAACCUGGGGCCCUGAGCUGAGGCGUAGGGAAAGCGGCGCUCCCAUCGCCCAAUACCCCUUAAAUCGAGUACUGCAGUAGCCCUACCCUUACCUUAAUUGGUUGGGGUUGUCUGGUCCUCCAGGUUGGGGGUUGAGAUAGACUUGACAAUCUAUUUCACAAAACAAGUUAUGCAGAAGGCAAGGGGAAACCACUGCAUUAUCAUUCCCAUUAAGCACCUAUGAAACACUCUUUUAUUAUUAUAAACAGUACUAAUCAUGAACUCGGAUAUUCAAGAUUGGGCAGGAGGAGUAAGAAGACUUCUUAGGUCGUCAGUCAGCGAAAACCUUUACAUAAAACAAUAAAAUCACAUAAUACAAAUAAGUCAAAAGUAAUUAAUAUAGGAACAUGGAAUAUGAGAACAAUGUUAAGAGCAGGAAGUUUGGAACAAGUAAAAAAAUAUAAUGGCAGAAAGAAAUAUUGAGAUUUUAGGUCUAUGCGAAACCAGAUGGCAAGGCAAUAAUGAUUUCAACAGUGACGAUUUCAGAGUUUUAACGAGUGGAAAUGAAUUUCAAGGACACAAAGGUGUAGCUCUCAUCUUGAGGAAAAAAUGGGCAACUAAUAUUGUAAAAACUUUACAUGUAAGCGAUAGAUUAUUACUAUUAAAGAUAAAAACUCAGACAAGAAGUCUUAUCAUAUUGCAAGUUUAUUUCCCAACAUCAAAUAGCACUGAAGAAGAACUAGAAAAUAUGUAAGAGCAAAUCGAAGAUGCCCUGAAGCUGACUAAAUCUGGGGAUAUCGUAAUAAUUAUGGGCGAUUUUAACGCAGUAAUUGGCGACGGGUAUGACAAUAGAGGGUCAGAGAAAUUUGGCUUUGGAAUAAGGAACGAAAGAGGGGAAAGGUUGCUAAACUUUUGUAACCAAUACAACUUAAUGGUGUCAAACAAUGUUUGAAGUACCAAUGAGAAGAAGAUACACAUGAACCUCCCCAGGAUAAACCGAUAUCAAAUAGACUAUAUCUUAGUAAAAUCAAACUUCAAUACUCUAAUAAAAUCAUGUUAUAGCUACCCUGACGCAGAAGUGGACAGUGAUCAUAAACUAAUAAUAGCAAAGUGCUUUUUAAAACAUAAAAAAUGUCAAGUAAAAGGUAAGAAAACGGUAAAGUGGGACCUUCAGAGUCUAAAAGACGUACAGAUAAAAACCUUAUUCGCCAAUAGUAUAAAAGAAAACUUAAUAAGAACGGAUGAGCUAAUUAAUUGGAGUUCAUUUAAAGAAGGUAUAUUAAAUGCAGCCAAUAUAAUUCUGAACAGUGUACAAUUGGUACCUAGGAAACCGUGGAUAACAAAAGAAAUUCUGGACCUGGUAAAAGAAAGAAACACUCACAGGAAAAAAGGAAAUUACCAAUAGUACAAAAGAUUAAAAAAUAUUAUAUCAACAAAAUGUAAAGAAGCAAAAGAAAUAUGGAUGAAGAAUAUUGCAGAGCAAAUAGAAAAUAUGAUACAUAAAGGCCAGACGGACAGAGCAUAUGAUUUAGUUAAAUCAAUAUUAUUCAAAAACAGGACAAAAAGUAGUCUAAUUAGAUACAAAAACGGGAAAUUUUGAAUAGACGAGUUGGAGAUAUAUGAUAGAUGGAAACAAUACUUGGAAGAAUUAUAUAAUGGAGAGAGUAUCACAGAAGAACUGCACUACAUUGAACUAGAAAGUGAAGUAGAAAUAGAUUCAAAAGGACCAUCGAUUAUUAAGAGCGAGUUUAACGUCGCGCUGGAGCAGCUUAAAAGAAGCUGGGUCAGAUUUAAUAAAAAGUGAAUUGCUGAAGAAUGCUGAUGAAGAAGUAAAGAAGAUUCUCUACAAUAAGAUACAAAAUUGUUAUUUAACAGUAUUAUAAACUUUGAUACGUGAAAGUGAUAAGCGGGCGCGUUACGCAACUAAAGACACUAAUAAUGACAAUAACGACAUCCAUCAUGGAUCUAUUACUUUAUAUUUCAGAUUACAUGAAUACGAUGUAUUGAUGAGAGCUAUCAAAUUUUCAUGUUUUCGUAUCUAAAUAUGGAAAAUGAAUUUCCAAUUAAUCUAUCCGAGUUUCAAUUAAUCGAAAAAAUCGAACAGCCCUAUAUAUAUAAAUAUAAAAUAUUCAAACAUUCUUAUUUGGCGUUAUUUUUCCGUAUUUAUUUAAUCUAUUCAACUUUAGCUGUGUUUGUAAAUUUGAUGAACAGAAUUCUUGUUUUCUGGCAGUUUCGAUCGUUGUAUCCAUCGUAUUUCCUUGAACCUCGUUACCCCGGUUACCUAUCAAAAAAAAUUUAAAAAAAAACAUAAAAAUAAUUAUAAUUAAUACAAAUAUUAUAGUAUUUUAUUUAUUAAAUUAUGAAUACAUGGUAAUAUAGGUUAAUUUUUAAAAUACAUAAUGUUUAGCAAAUAAUAAUAAAUGUAUCGCAUAUAAAAAUCAGAAAUUUAACAAAUGCGCGCAUUAAAUGUAUGUAAUUUUUCUUAGUUGUUUUAAAACUGUAUACAGGGUGAAUUUUUAUCAUGAACCAGCAAUUAUCUCAGUUGAUUUUAAAUGAAUUUGAUUUCUGUUUUUUCUAAUCAUUAUAGUAUCUUGUAAGCUAUAUUUUAAAACCAUUUUUAUUUUUUUACCUCUACUCCAUAUACCUUUUUACCGUUUAUGAGUUUAUGUGUUAUACAUAUAUAGGCAAUUUAUUACCCUUCCCUAGUCCUUCAGUAUAAACUUUAAACUGUUAUAACUCAUAAACGGUAAAUCUGAUAUUAGUGUUAUGUAUAUCAACAUUUCUAGAAAAAUAUUCUCUAUUCAAAUCUGUGUACAAAAGGGGAGGUCCCUAUUUGAAAAUCAAAAGUAUAUACUUAUUUACGGUAUAUGGAGUAAGGUUAAAAAAUUUAAAAUGGUUUUAAAAUAAAGCUUAGAUGAUUCUAUAAUGAUCAGAAAAAAAAGAAAUCAAAUUCACUUAAAAUCCUCUGAGAUAAUUGCUGGUACAUGAUAAAAAAAUCACCCUGUAUACUGUGUAUGUAUAUUUAUAUAUAUUUAUAUAUAUAACCAUUAUUGUUUAUUGGUAUCCUUCAGAUAUCGAUUGGUAUUAAAUGAGUUUAAAUAUUUGCUCUAUAAAAUUAAAUUAUACGAGCAUAGGUACCUACAUCAAAAUUGACUAAAUCUACCACGCAUAUAAAUUUUUUUCAUUGGUUUUAUAACACUUUUAUUCCAUUUAUCGUCAUCAUCGUAACUAAAUUACAAGAUCAAAUGUUCUAUUUAAAUCAUUUUAUUUUCAUAUUACAUAUGGAUACUAGUAUAUUCUACAUUAAUACUAAAAUAUUUACAAAUAAUUUAUAUUAUUGGGUUUAGUAUUUUUUUUUUUUAAGUAGAAAUAUAGAUAUAUGAAUUGUGGAAAAAAUUUUAAAAAUCAAAAACUAAAAUAUUGAAAAUAGCAAAAAUUGUAUCAUAUUAUUUUUAUUUUUUAUCGCUUUUACAAUUUUACUUCAAAAUGUUCUAUUUCGGUCAUUUAUAUUGUGGCCAUUUUGGUAUACUAUACAAUAUUACUAUAAAUCAUAUAAUAAUUAAUAACUAUUAUUCAAUAUAUUAUUUUCGUAUGCAAUUUCAAUUUUUUAAAGGUGCCAUUUUUAACAUUCCGACAUGACUCUCUUAAUUUAUACGGCCUUUUAUAAAGUAUAAUCAAAUAAUAAACUUCAACUCCAAAUUGAGUUCUUAUAUGAAGCAUGUUUCUACAUCCACAUAAACGUAUCUAUAGUGUGCAUUCAAGGUGAUGCGACGUUUUUAUUAUUUCUCGGCUACUAUUUUUUUUAGGUUCUGAGCGGAGUGAGGAAUAUAUUGGUUUCACAAUAAUGUUUAUUUUUAAUUUUUUUAUGCGUAAACUUUUUCUACCAAAAACCAUAAUGCGAUUAUCAAGGGGUCGCAUGUAGAAACAGGGAAAAUAAUCGUACAUAGCGUAAGGUUUUAGACUGUAAAUACUCAGAUCGUAUUUUCGCAGACUGUAGAAACCCGGAAUUUCACAAACCGUAUAGUUCCAGACUGUAUUUCGGUAGAAAAAUAAAUACGUAGACCAUAUAGUUCCGGCCGUAUUAUUACGUAAAUUUUUUUUUGUGAACCGUAUUGUUCCAGACUGUAUAAUUCUUGAAUUUGAUCAUUUUCAUAGCGUAUUUUUACCGACCGUAAAAAUCCGGAAAUUCACAAACUGUAUAAUACCAGACCGUAUUUCGCUAGAAAAAAUAAAUACGCAGAACGUAUAACUGACCGUAAUGCUACAAACUGUUUUUUUCCUAAAAUAAAAUACUUAAAUACCGUAUUUUUACCGACCGCAGAGGUGAGAAUGUAAAUGCUCCGACCGUAUUAUAGCAAUCAAAUAUCACAAAAUCAACACUAGUAACACCGAAUUUUUACGGUCGAUAAAAAUUCGGUAUUAAAAUUCUCAAACUCGGGAAUAAUACGGUCGGGAUCUAUACAGUCAAGAAAUAAUACAGUCUGCGUAUUUUUUUUCCCGGCGAAAUACAGUCUAGAACUAUACUAGUUUAUGAAUUUCCGAAUUUUUACAUUCGGUGAAAAUGCGGUUUACAAAUUUACAAAUUAUUACUUUAAGAAUAAUACUUUCUGUUACUAUACAGUUCGCAUAUUAUUUUUGUCUACUACAAUCCGGUUAGUGGAUUUACAUUCCGGACCUCUACGAUCGGUAGAAAUACUGUUUACAUAUAUUAUUUUCUGAAAAAAAAUCGAUGGUAUUAUGGUCGGCCAAUUUUUUUUUGGAUUUUUACGGUCUAUACUAAAGGAAAUGUGCUUUGAGUGGAACUACAGAGAAGACAUUUUUUGAAAAUCUCAUUAAUAUUCGAGAUAAUAAGAAAAACCCGGUUCUUUAGAUUAAAAAAAGUUAAAAGAUUAAAAAUAAGGUUUUCAUGGCAACCGUUUUUUUUUAUUAUUUUAAUCUUGUUUAAACAAUCAUAGUUGUCAUGGAAACGCACGUUGUAAUCAUUUUACUAUAAUAUGAUGUUAUUAGAUAGUAAUGGUUUAUCGUUGCUAACAGAUAUACAAUAAAUUUCCGUCUGUAUCCUACCUACCCAACUUCCCACCGACAACAGUGGCUGCACCUACGUGCAAAUAUGUCCGUCCUUUUUUUUUUUUUAUAGUCGUAUUUUUAAAUAUCGAAUUAUCAAUAAUAAGCUAGCAACUGUAUAAGUAUAAUGUCAUUUAUUAUUAUACUUUGUAAACUAACAGUGGCGUCUGUAUUGAAGAAUCUGAGAAGGUUGCAACCUCCUAUUCAGAGAUUUCUAAGUAAUAAUAUUUCAAAUAAAAGAAGGGUGGAUUCUGGGACUUUUGAACGUUAUUUAUAAAAAAAAAAAAAAACUGAGUGCCUCACUCCGGGAAAAAUCUCUAUUAUACGCGCUGGUAAACUGAAUUGGGCAUAUAAUUCGUAUACAACAGAAUAUCAAAGCCGUCGUUUGUUUAACACAUUGAACGUUAUAAAGUAUUUGGUUUUUUUUUUUUUUUUUAAGGAAUUUUGCUUUAACUAAAACCGCCAUUGUGUGUUGUUUUUAUAUUAUAGUUUUUGAAGAAAGAAGCUGACUGUGACAAGACUGAUGACCGAAGCAUUCACGGAGAAAGCUCUUCGGAAUAUCGGAGUAUACCAGAUCCGGUAAGCAUGGCAAACAUUUUCUAUAUUUAUUAUUCAUUCCUUUGAAACGCAUACAUUAUUAUUGCCGUUGCUAUAUUAUUAUAAUUUAUAAGUGUAUAUAUUGUAAUAUGACGAAAAUCUAACUCGGAAUAAUAGAAAAUGAAAAUCAACGUUCAUUUUUUUUACAACGAGACUGAUACAUGUAAUAUUUAGAAAAAAAAACUAGAAUAAAUAAAAAAAAAAAAAAAAAUAGAAAAUUAAUUAUUAUAUGUAUAGGUAUACCUAUAUUAUACGUCGAUGUACGGCCGAGAAACAUCACCUAUUUGUAAAAUAUUAUAUAUAUUUUUCUUUAACGAACUAUAUAAAGUGCAGUCUCAAGAAGUUGACUUCAAAACAUUAAAUUAUUAUAAUUAUAGUUAUUAUUAUUAUUAUCAUUAUUAUUAUUAUUAUUAUUAUUAUUAUUAUUAUUAUUAUAUUUUAUAGGUUAGUUUAUAUUAUAAUAUUAUUCACUCUCCGAAACCUAUUCCUAUACAAUAUUAUUGUAUGGGCAUUUAAAGCGAUAAAUAUAAAAUUGUGAGCCGUGUAAUUUUUGUGUCGUGGGGAUAACAAUAUAUUAUAUACUUUCAGAACUGGAUUGCUGCUGCUUGCCGCGCGCUUCGACGUUUUGAAUACAUUAUAAUACGUUAUAAUACGUUAUAAUGCAUUAUAAUACGUUCAUUAAAAAAAAAAAAUAAUAAUAAUAAUAAUUUGGACUGCUUAAGGUCAUGCAAAAUCAAUUUUUAUUAUAUGCCGAAAAUAACGCUGUCGGUAAAGCAAUAUAAUUAUUAUUAUUUUCAAAUUCUGAGCGUAGCGAGGAAUGUAUUGGUUUUACUGUGAUGUGCCUAUAUUUUUUAUAUUUUUUAUUUCUUUCUUUCUUUCUUUUGACACAACUGUUCAACUAGAAUACUCUUGCUCCGAUCGUUAACUUCAAGGGUGCAGUUCUAAAUGAAAUAUAAUGUAGUUCUUAAAAAGUAUUAUGAAUUAAUUUCCUCAGCAAUUACAAAAAAUAAAACUAAAGAGCAUCAACAAACAAUAUUUUAUUAACGCGUGUCUCUUAAAGUCAUAAUUUAACAUAUUUAAUUUUGACUCAUCUAUAAUAUUUUUUAAAAUAGAAAAUGUUUAGAAAAGUACCAACAAAAGGCCAUUAAAUCGGUUUAAAAAAAAAAAUAUUGGACCUUUCCAUUGAAAUAUUUUUCCAGCUAAGGCUUUGAAACAGGGUGUGCAGUUCUAAAUUUUUCUUAGAGCUGACUCUACAGGGGUGGUUUCUCGUUUCAAAUUUUAGCAAUUAAAUGCAUUAAGGUCUAAGAUGGUCAUUUUUUGAAAAAUAGGACGCAAUACCUAACGGUUUCAGUUAUUUAUUUAAUAUUAUUAUUAAUAUUAUUUUUUUUUUUUGGAAUCUAGUUAAAAAUAACUAUAGAGAUCUGAAAUUUUUACAAAAUACUUAUAUAACCCUUUCUAAACAUUGAAGUACUUAUAACUAUUUUAAAUUCUCUAGGUUUUUGUUUUUAUUUGAUUUAAUGUGAUUAAAAUAUUUUUGUUUUCUCAAAAAUGUUUAAAAAUUUAAUACGAGAUUCAUCAUAAGUUGUUCUUAUGGCAAUAUAAAAUAGUAUUUUUUAACUUUUUAACAAUUCACCCUUGGAUUAUUUAUGAUUUUUGAUUUCAGAAACAAUAUUUUAGGUUGGAAAAAUGCUCCAAAUUAUUCGCUUGAUGCUCGUACCUACUUCAUUUGAAAUAUCUUCUAGAUUGCCAACAGUUUUUCUAUAUAAUUAAAAAACCACAAAUGUCAACAUAUGUUUUAUUUUUGUCGAUGUCUUGGUUAAUUUGGUUACAAGAAGAAAAACACGACUACUAAUAAUGCUUCGCUCAAAUUUAUCGUUGUUUUUAUCAUAUAUAAAUUAAAUUACCCUGUUUUCUAUACUUUUAAAACCUAAUAUAGUAUCCUACUGAUUUUGUGAAGUACGUCUGGCUUUUUAACUCUAUAUUAGAUAAUUAUUUUAACGAGCGUAUGAACGUUUACUAAAAAUUUGUUUUUAUAAGUUGUUUUUUCAUUAAUUUUGAUUAGAUAAAUGAUUUUAUGCUCUAUAUUAGUCUUUUGUUUUCAAACAUUUCUAUUCGAUUUCUUUUUGAUUUCAAUAACUACGCUACGUUAACAAAUCAUUUUGUUUUCUUUCAUUCUGUUUGUACAAAAAAAAAAAAAAGAAUCGUUUUAAACAUCCAAACAUGGGAUUAUCAGUCAUUUCGGAUUUUUGUAAAAACUUUUUGGCGGCGUGGCGCGUUGUAAACUACGUAAAUUAUAUAUAUAUAGACCCUUAAUCUACCAAUUAAAAUCUUGUUUUAAAACACAAAAGAAUUUCACGAGGGCAUUAAUCUUGUUAUACUCACUAAUUUACGAUUUGUAUACUUAAGCCCACACUCAUUGUUGCUAAAAAGUAAUAAUUGUCUUGUUUAAAAAAACUCGACUAUAGGAGAUACGUAUGUAUAUACUGAUACUCUGUAUAUGGUUUAAAUGUUACAAUCGUAGACAAUUUAUUUUUAUUUUUUCCUGUUAUUAUUGUUAUUAUUAUUAUAAACUGCAUUUGAAUGUUCGCGUAUAUUAUGCAUACAUGAUCGAUUAUAUCACACGUUACGCGUCCAAGGACGAUUUUAAUAUUAUCAUGAUAAGUAUGACGAGGGGGAUUAUACCUACACGCAUAUGAUAUGCAUCAUCGUAGAUACGUAAAUACGUUUAAGGGUGUUGAAAUUGGUUUUCAAAAUUCUCAUAUUUAUAUGACCACCUUACGGUCGGUUGGUUUUAAGCUAUUUAUGAACGCAAAAGUAGCUAUACACCUGACAACAAGUGCGGUACUUACAGAGUAGUUCGGUUUUAAAAAUAAAAUUAUGAUUGAAUUCAUAAACAAGUUUAAUUUGCAUUUAAGCCAGAGCACUUUUUCAAAUUCUAUCAAACUAUUUGUCGAUUUUUGAUGGUGAAUAAUUAAAUGAACAAUUUGAAUAUGACUAAUGUGCUUCGACAUACGCAAAGUAAACUUAUUUAUAAACUCAUACACCUUUACAUUUUUAAAAUCAAAUUGCAAGAAGUACUUCAAAUGUUGACAGGUGUUUAUGUCUUUUGACGAACAUUUCAUAGUGAGUGCAGUCACAGUGACUUUUAUAUUAGGGUCGGGCUCCUUAUAGAUACUAAUAAUUCGGUCUGUAUUAUUAUGUUGCAACGAAUUGGGAAAAAAAAAAGGUCAGCCCUCUAACGUGAUGGUUAUGCGAUUUGCAAAAAACUCACCAAAGCGGAAACGGUCUCCGUAAUACAAUAUUUUUUCACCUAAAUUUCGCAUUUGAAUAAUAUACUUAUAAAUAACUGUGGUUUGGUGAAGGGCCAAUAUCAAACAAAUUAAUUGAAAGUUGAAAAAAAAAAUUUUAUUUCUAAAAAUCUAUGUAAAAUCCGUAAUUAUUGUAAUACAUUUUUUUAUUUUGUUUUCAACAAAUCCUUGUUUCACUUAGUCACGGGUGUAAGAUAAUAUUAUAAAUCAUCUUAAAAUAUACUUUAUAGCACUCGUUAUCACCAAUACAGACGUAUCGUUAACCCGCAUAAUAACAAAUUACAAAAAUAAAAUUGCAUUCAAUACACAUGUAUUAUUAUUAUUAUUAUUAUUUGUAUAAUAUAAUAUACAACACCUAUACUCAAAAUAUAUGCGAUAUGGCGCGUAUUCAAACAAAUACUACGCGCGGAUUGAAGUUUUCGAACGUAAAUAAUUACGAGUAUUACCUACGUAACACAAAUAUAUAAUUAUAAUAUAUUUGUAUAUUUAUUUAUUUAUAUACCUACAAAUAUUAUAUACGGCCACGCCUGUAGCCAAAACAAAAACAACAAGGAAAAAACCACGUCAACUUCUUGUGCUGACACUAUUUUUUGUCCUCCAUAUACGAUAUUAUAUACUUUUGAUAGUAUUAAUAUUACAAAAGAAAUUUUUGUUUUGUUUUUUUGGUUUUUUUUUCUAUACAUACACAUUACAUACUCAACGAAAUUUACCAGCGAAAAGAAGUUGAUGAGAGUUUUUUUUUUGUUUUUUUUUGUUUCGGUUACAGGAACCCGACGGCAGGACUACGGCGGACGGCGGUACUGUCGUCGCGGUGGCCGCGUUACCUCCGCGGUUCUACACUUGCGUGUAUUGCAACCUUACGUUCCCACAUCAAAGCAAACUGACCCGGCACAUACUGUCGCACAGCCUGGACAACGCGCCCGGCGUUGGCGGCGGGGUGAGUGCGUCGUUUACGGAUCCCGGCGGCGGCGCUGUCAUACAGCCGCUGCCGCAAUUGUCGUCGUCAUCGUCGUCGGCGCUGUCGCUGUCGCUGUUAUCGUCGCCGCCGCCGCCGCCGCCGUCGUCGAUGCGUUGCGACAACAUUGCGGCCGCGAUGGAUGACGGCGGGGGCGGCACGUUGUGCAAAUUUUGCGGCAAAACGUUCCCGGACGUGACCACUUUGGUGGGUCACUUGCCCGCGCACACCGGCGACCGGCCGUUCAAGUGCGAGUUUUGCGGCAAAGCGUUCAAGCUCAGACACCACAUGAAGGACCACUGUCGCGUGCACACUGGCGAACGGCCGUUCCGUUGCGCGUUAUGCGGUAAGACGUUUUCCCGGUCGACCAUACUCAAGGCACACGAGAAAACGCACUAUCCAAAGUUCACAGGACGUCACCGGUUCGUGUCGUCACCCAGUCCCGAAGAGGAACCCGGAGGAGGAGGAGGGAUUGGCGGACCGGGUGGUGGGGGAGGAACAGGAACGGGAGCAGGAGUAGUUGUGGGAAUGGGAAGCUUUGGCAGCGGGAUGGCUCAGGCCGUUGCCACCAUCGCUUCCGUCGCCGCCGUCAGGCCGUUUGACUUGACCGUCAUCCAGCAUCACCACAGACACGGCAGCGGAUCACCGCCUGCUCCACCGCCUCCGCCGCCGUCGCCCCCAUGACGACGAUUGUUUCCUUAUAGAGUGUAGUGAGAAUAUAUUCGUCUAAUACGCGAGCAGUCAUAACAUUAUAUUGGUGUAUUCCGACGAUAAUAUGAUAAUAGUUAUUAUAUAUUACUGCAAUUUAAUAAUAAUAAUAAUAUUUACACGCCCUUAUGGACGCUCUCCGAAGUUUUUAAGCGUCACGUAUUAUGCACACAUAAUACUAUUAUUUUAUAUUAUACACAUAGCAAUAGAUGAGGUUUCGUAAUUUUCUUGAACGUAAAAAAAAAAAAAUAAAACAAAAUGACAACGACGAUCCAUAGUCAAAGGUCAAAUCUCGAUAUACGAUACUCGGGUAGCGUGGCGGGCUUUUUGUCUUCGUCGUUCAUUUUCCAAGCUUUUCGUAGGUCACAAUUUUUCCUCUUUUUUUUUUUGUUAUACAUAUGUAAUAUAUAUGUUUGUACGUACUCUUUGACGAAAUAAUCGGCGGAACGUUUAAAGGCCUCCCCCCUCCAUUCCCAUCCCCUUUUACUAACUCUCCCCUUCCGAAGGUCAGGAUCGUAAUACGCGAAAACUGUUCAAAUAUUUUAGGUUAGAAUCAAUACCGCGCGCCGCUAUAUCGCAUGCCGCACGGCCGUCUGCCGCCGUCGCCGCCGCCGCCGCCGCCUUGCCUUAGUCGUCGACUGUUGUGCUACUGACGAUACGAGGCGGCGGCGAUGGCGGUGGCGGUGGUGGCAGACUUGGCCUCGGUCAACACGACGCGUCGUCGUCGCCGUCGUUGUCGAGUUAAACAGAACGUAUAAAACGAAAUAAUAUUAUUUAUUUAUUAUAUUAUUACUUUUUUUUUCUCUCAUGUUUAAGUAUAAUAAUAUGUGAAAUUAGAUUCGAACGCGUUCAUCGAUUCGACUUGGGUCGCGCGAACGCCUUCACCGCGGGCUUAUAUUAUUAUUACAGCCAUCGUCGACACCACCAUCACAGCCGUCACCGACUGUUAUAGUAACGUUCUCGAUAAAAGAUCCAUCGUUGGGCGUGUCCUUAAAUGGCGAGUGUCGUGUCCGAAGUGCAGCGUCCUUAACCCGUCUCGUAUAAUUCAAAUUUUGCGACGGUCUCCUAUACACAUUGCAUACUCGUAUGUACCGGCCGGACGAGCGAAAAUUUCUUAUGUUUUAACAACGUUUCGAACCGUUAGUAUUUAUAAAACCGACCGUUAUUCGCUUACUCCGAGUAUUUUUAUGUCGAUGUACAAUGUAAAACCACGUUUCAUCCGGUCGCCGUUUUCUACAACUCGCACGGAAGUUCCUGUUUAACCACGGAACACUCGUCUUCCCGUACAUCAUUUCCCGGCAAAAUUUGUUAGCGAUAUCUUAUCGUUCGCGAAUCGUGUACAAAUAUAUGGCGUGCAUCACUGUAAAUUCUAUAAACGACUUGUUUAUACCUUAUUAUUUUUCGUAUAUACGAGUAUAUUAAGUAAUGUCGAUUCUUCAGAACUCUAAGGUGGUUGGUCGGGAAUUUAACAGCUGUUAUUCUGUUAAUAUAAUAAUACGACGUACAUUUAAAUCAAUUUACAAAAAAAUAAAGCCUAUUAUUUGUCAUCUGUAGUUCAGAAAUCGCAUAAUAUUUAUCAUAUUAUAGAAGUCUGACCGUGGAUAAAGGAUGAGUACAUAAGAGGUAGUUUAGGCGUGGCUUCAAUAGUAGACAAGAUUAGAGAAAAUAGACUCCGAUGGUUUGGAUGGUUACGGGGAGAGAGGAAUUAUAUGAAACAAUAAGAAUUUUAGUGAAAAUAUACAUAGGAGAAAAAAGGGUGGAUAAGAAGAAUGAAAAAGAGGUGGUCGAGUACAUUUGAGAAUGAUAUAAGGACAGCCGGUGGAUGCGAGGUGGGAGAUCGGAUCGAGUAGAAGUUUAGAACGAGGUUGGCCGACCACAAAUAGUUGGGAUAAAGGUGAAGGAGAAGGUUGUUUGAACCCUCCAAACAUUUUUUUUUUUUUAAAUUAUUUCAUAACUAAAUAAGAACAUAUGGUUUGUCUUAUAUUUUGGCAUGUUUUGUAAUUUUGCAAUAUAUUAUGUAUUUCUCAGAAAACUACAUCCUCCUUAUAAGAGGAUUUUGAGAAAUGUAAGUAAUAAUUAAAUAAUUUUCAUUAAUAUCUUAUUUUGUAUUUAUAUAAGCCACAUUAAUUCUACUUUUUGAUCAAGUGCAGUUCAUUUUUAAACACGUUUUUAUACGGUUCAUUGUAGAAAAUGUCUUCCAAGAACGAAACAAAUAACUGAAAACUUAAUUAACAUUCAAAUUGUAAAGUAGUCUUCAUACGCAAAUAUGUGGUCCAUGUAGGGAGUUGUGGCCUCAUCAACCCCCAUCCCAUUUACUAAGUUCAUGUUUGCGAUUAAUGUUUACUGACAUUUGCCCCAUUUUUGAAAUUCAUUAACUUCAUUACACCUCCUUCAAAAUUAAUACUGGUUUCGCAGUUCUUUGGUUCUAAAUGUUAAUAAAACCCAAUAACCAUAAUAAUUAUCUAUUUCGGACGAAAUUUAUAAAAAAAAAAAAAAUAAGACGCCUAUAAAAUUAAAAUUUAAUUGUAUAGUAUUGUAUACAGUGACUGAGCUCUGCUGCUCACGGGUGUUUGUUCAAAAUAUAUUCAGGUUAAAAUAAAAAUGAUUUUUUUUUUUUUUACGUUCAAGUUAAUUACUUUCGAAGUCUUUAUACUACCAUAUAAAAUAUUAUGUUCCGACGGAGGUUAUCCCUCGCUAUAAUACUUUUAUAAAAUAUUAGUAACGAUUAACGGUGUGUAUAAUUGGUCGAGGGUUCAUGUAUAUAAUAAUAACGUCCGAAACUCCCGUGUGUACGUUAAUUUGACACACUUCAUUUCGUUGUCGGAACACUACGGAACGUUUUAGCGGAGCCGUUCGCAAGUCGGUAGAUUUAAUUUUCUGUGAUACGUGUCCACUAAAUUAUAUUUAUAAAUAUUAUUAUUAUAAUAUCUCUAAUAAUAGUACAUAAUAUAUUAUGUAUAGGGCAUCAACACGUGUGCCAGCGCCUUGUAAUAACAAUAAUAUAACGAAAACGUAUUGGCAUUAUUAAACACAAAAUAUACAACUUCGAAUAUUCGUUUUAUUGCAAUUUUUUUAAAAAAAUUUUCGUUAAAAUAAAACACGAUUUUUUAAAAAAAAAACUAUUUUUUCUUUUUUUAGUCCAUUAUUUAAAUAUAUACAUUUACAUAUGUACAAUAAUAAUACAUACCUACUAAACGUGUACAAUAAAAAAUACAAAUAAUAUAUUAUAAAUUAAAUUUCAACGUAACUCUUAGAUUGUAAUACGUAUACGCGCGGUAUACGUAUUAUACUAAAUAUUCAAAUUUUGUUUUAAACCGUAAUAUCGAUUUUUUUUAUUAUGAUUUUUAUUUUUUUAAUCCCUUUGUAUAUAUUUUCACGUUACGAGUGAUGAUAAAAAAAAAAAAACAAAAAAACAAAAAAAAUCCGGUAUAGAUGUAGGUAUACAUCGUAAAACGAAAAACGUCCGUGCGUACCUAUAUACAUAAUUUAAGAUGAUCGCAAAUAUUAUUACUCUAUAAAUAUUAAAAAAAAAAAAAAAGAAGAUAUUUAAAUAUAUUUCGCGAAUACACGUGUGCUCAUUAUCGUUUUAUAUUUAUGUAUAUGUAUAAUAUUUAUAAGGAUGAAAAUUUAUUUUUGGGAUAAAAAAAACAAAUAAAAACGUUCACUUUAUAAUAACAUGAACUAUACACGAUUUAAAACCAGUCAUUUCACCGUUUAUUGUUAAUUAUAUUGGCACUCGCUUAAACAUAGUAUAUAAAAUUAUUUAUAAAAUCGUUAAACCUUUUUAUUUAUUUAUUAUUUGUUUUUUUUGUUUUUUUUUUUUUUAUAAUCUAUACGUGUGAUCAAAUUUUCUCAUUUCAUAAAAUUAUUAUUUUAUAUUUUAUACUAUAUUAAAAUUAUUAAUGAAUAGUUAAACAGAAAAAAAAACCCUUAUGUAUAUUAUUAUAAUAUAAGUUUUAAUAUUAUUAAAACGUUAAAUUUUCUACCAAGUACGUGAAAAUAUAGUAAGACGCGAAGGAACAGGAAUGUGAUAUUUUUUUCGGUAGAUGGUUAGAAUAAAAUAAUACUAUAAAUAAUACUUAAUAUUAUUUAAAAUCGUUGUAUUAUAAAAAUAUGAAAUAAUACAAUUAAAAAAAAAUAAAAAAAUAAGAUUUUUCUCUUUAUGAAGUUAAUAAUAAUAUAUUUAUUUACGUAUUGUACUUAUUAUAUGUAUAGACGUGGAAUUAUAGUUAUACUUUAUAUAAAAUAUAUAACAAUAUUAUAUUAUGUACAAUAUCAAAUUAAUAAUGAUGAUAAUAAUAAUAAUAAUAAUAUUUAUUUUAAACGCAGCUAAUAAAAUAAAACAAUGAGAUAGCGAGGUCGAUAAUGUAGUUGUCUUACACGAAAGGGCGCUAAAGUAACAGUGUCUCCCAGGGCACCAAGGUUAGGUUAGGUCUGUAUGAGUAAAUCCGAAGGAGUUAUCGGCAGCCAUAUAUUAUAUUGUACAAUAAGAGAAAAAUUGUUAUCGAUUAACGCGCAAAAUAUUUUGUUAACGCCAUGAAUUAUGUGAUAAUAUAUAAAAAAAAAUUUUGAAAACAAUCGCAAGAAUUAUUGUUUCUAAAUAAUAUUAUCAUUACAUAAUAUUCAUGGCAUAAACAAUAGUGUUUCACGGGUUAAAUCAAUACGAUUCGUCCUAUUCUUAGUGGGUGUAAAUAUUAUGGCCGCGUGCAGAAUUUUCGUACCUCUUUUAAUACAGUCGGCCAUGGCUGAUCAUGUGUGUACUGUGUAUUUAUAUAUAUAUAGGUUCGAUGGCAAAUUUGUGAUGCGCGGGUGUCAUGGCCGUCGCUUGCAGCGAUUUAUCCAGAGGGUAAUGAAAAUCAAUGAACCGUUAAUGUUUUGUAAUAAUAGAAAUCUUUAGUAAUUUAGCAGAUAAUCUUUUAGAAAAUCUCGGUAACCAUUAGGAAAAUCAUAGUAUUCUGGAAUCCGGUGAAUACAAUACAAACCGGUGAUUUACCUUACCCUCUGGAAUUUUCUUUUGAUCAUAUCAUUUACUUACUAUAGAGCAUUGGAGCUACGUGUGUCAUACUCUGUCAAAUGUGCCCAAUAUUAACCCGCAUAUGUAUCAUGCUUUUGGUGACACGUACCAGUGUGCAUGCGCGCCGCUGCUGCCUGCCCAUAGAGUAAUGUACCGCCGGACCUCUAAUAACGCUAAUACGACCAUCAAUUUUGUUAACGAAUUGUUAUUUUUCCUGAUUGGCUGCCCACUAGUUUGCGCAUACGCAUUUGCACGUGUCACUCGUGAAAUUACGACAGUAAGAUGGGGUGGGAUUAUUUUGGACACAGCGAGCCGUGGCUGACAUCGCUCCAUUCAUCAUAGUAUACAAGGUGUCCUACGAAGAUUCGACAAAUGCAAUAACUUUUGUUCUGUUCAACAAUUUUUUUUUCUGAAAUAAUUACUAAAGCCUUAUGUCCUAUAUGAUUACUUUUUUGUAUUGAAUUUUUAAAAUUAAAAAUAAAAGGUUUCCAUUUUUUAAAAACAUUGUUUUCACAAAAUCCAAGAUAACCGUUUUCUAAAAAUAUUUUCGAACAGAAUACCAGUGUUACAAACAUGUAUUAAUCGUGGAGUUUCUAAAACAUUUUAAAGGUCACAAAAAUCAUUAACAAAACUAUUUUUCAUUGACAAAUUGGCGAGUCGAUUCAUGUUACUAUCUAUAGUAGUGACAAUGAAAACGAUUAAAAUUAUCUUAAACUUCAAAAUAUAAUAUCAAAUCGUAGGAUUUAUCAGUUGCAUGUACGUAACUACUAUAGCACAGAAAUUCGAUAAUAAAAACCAGUAGAGUUUUCUUUCCGUAAAAUGUCGAUAUUUACAUCGGUGAUUGGUGUGUACACUGUUUAUUAUACCAUACGAAUGCGCAGUUCACAACCGAAAUACGUCGAGUUGCCGUCAUACCUAGUAGACUUAUACAUUUCAUCGCGCAGUCGGCUAUUUAGUUGUUUUAUAUGUGUAUCUACGGUUUUGAAUAACGAUAACGAUUAUUAAAAAAAAAAAAAAAAAAAAAAAAAAUAACAAUAAUAAUAUUAAACAUCGUAUUGAAAUUAAAAUAAAACAUAUAGGAAUAAUUAGAUAUUUUGUGUAAUAAUAUUAUAAUAGGUAUAGCUUUUUAUUACCGCAGUAUAAAGUAUAUAUAGUAUUUAUUUAUAUAAAUAAUAAUAUAAUUACCAACUAACAUAGAUUUUAUACGAACGAAAUUAUUGUUAUUAUUAUUAUUAUCAUUUGUCAUUGAAAUUUCAUUACGGUAAAUAACUCGUAAAUAUUAUCAUGUAAUAUAUAAUAAUAUAAUAUUCAUAUAUAUAUAUAUUAUAUAGAAUGUAUCCGAUCCGUCUCGUAUAUUAUAAUAUUAUUAUUAAUUAUUAUACAUUAAAGUUACUAAAUACCUAAUUUUUUUUUUUAUCAAAAAUAUUUCUGUAAUGAUGACGAACCUCAAUUUUGUUACAUGGUACAAAAAAAAUAAUAAAAAAAAAAGUUAUAAAAAAAUAUUAUACUCCUAUAAAAUAACGCUAUAAUGAGGACUCUAUUCGUACUAUUAUGCUACACGCGCGAGUUCAUGAUAAUUCGGAAUUGUAUUGUUGAUGGACCAAAACGAACGUAACGUAUGACCUGAACUCGAACUGAGCAGUGGUAUUUUUAAUCGCUUUAUAUCUUUGGGCCCGGGAAACAAGGGCUUAAUUCGAUUUUGUACAGUUUUCAAUACGAGCGAAUUUAAUGUUGCGAAUAUUGCCAAACGGCAUGGUUGUUACACCUACCUAUUCCUAUAUUUUGCAGAAAUGAAAAGUACACCGUAAGUCACCACUGACUUGAGAUGUUUUAAUUUUCAGUGUAACGUGUGUUAGAAUAGUAUAUGCAUACACUUGUGCCGAAAAACAAAGGGGAAACAAAUGUUACAUUUAAAAAAAAACUUACCGAAAAUUGACUUAAGUCUCUCUUUCCUGGGACCAAAGAUAUAAUAUAUAUGUACAUCAUUUUAUUAUAAUACGGGCUUCAAUAAUUAUUAAGAAUAUUUUAAUAUAAUAUAUAUAUAUAUAUAUGUGUAUAUGUAUAGGCCGUCGCGGUCGCCUCUGCGACGAUCGCCACGGGGUUUUAGGAUUAAGGUGUUCCGACUGUGAUAGGCUACAUAUUGUAUGAAAUGUAAAAAAAAAAAAAAAAUUAAAAAAAAAUACUGUUAUAUGUAAUAUAAUAAAUAAUAUUAUGUAAACGGAAGAUUAUUUUUGUUCGAAAGAUCUCUGUCCCGCGAUGCUGAAUAAAUUUUGAAAAAAAAUAAUAUUUUGUCUUCGUCGUCUCUUCCGCAUAUUCAUAACUGGUAAAAUAUUACCGAAAACGUUAUCGAUAACUAAAAGUCAUAUAGAGUCUUGAUUUGUUUUUACAUCCCCGCCCCCUCUCUCCCCAUCUGAUUUAAAUCUGACAUUACAUCAGAAUGUAAUCACAACGUUUACGAACAGCAACACGGGGAAGGGGUUCUUCGGAAAAUCUUCCGCCAUUAUAAUAAUUAAGUAUGGUUGUUUUUUCCUUUUUUUUUUUUUUUUUUGACAGGUCUUACGCGCGUCUUAAGUGUUUCUUCUAUAAUAUAAUAUAAUUGUCACAAAAAUCAUUAAACGUUUUCAAAACGCACUUGUGCACCUUGUUUUUAUCUUCUCGAUCUUACGGCACAAAGGUGUGUUUCUCGCCAUGAUGUUACCCAAUUAUUAUUAUUAUUUUUUUUUUUUAAUUUUAUUUCUAUAUAUACCUAGUGAAACAUUUAUCCGUACCAUGUUUAUUAUAUUAUAUACAUUUUAUAGGCGAUUUAUUUUUUUGUUGUAUACAAUGAAAAUAUUAUAUUAUUGUGUUAAUUUUUUUAAACGAUGAUGUGAGCCCCGCGGUAGUGUAUAAGAAAUAACUUUUAGCAAAUGUGAUAACGAGACAAGUACGUGAUAUUUAUCAUCGAUUAUUUUUACUGUAUUAGGUGCUAAAAAAAAAAAAAAAAAAAAAAAAAAAAAAAAUGCUAAUGAAAAAAUGAGUUUUAUUUAUUUGUUAAUUGAAUCCUCACCGUAUACAUAUACAAAUAUAUCUGUGGAUGGAUGCAAGAAGUCUCAAUUUCAAAAGAAAAAUGUAACACAUCGUUAGCUGGAAGUUGAAAUAAAUACAUUUAUUUCCAAAAGUCUUACGUGAAAUCUAUAAUUAUUAUUAUUAUUAUGUAUUUUUUUAUUUUAAGAUUGGCCCUUCUUAUACCAAGCUGUGUAAUGUAGAUAUAUACCUAAAUUUGUUUAAUUGUGUUCCCAUCAUUUUAUAUUAUACAUAGUAUGUAUACGACUAUGAUGGUUUCCUAAGUUUCCUUGAUAAAAAUAAGAGAUAAUUACUAAAAUUACCAUCUAUAUGAAAAUUAUUAAUUAAGAACAUAGGUAAACUAGAUCAAAAAAAAUUAUAAUUUUAUUCAUUGCGUAUCAUGAAACAACGUGCUAAAAGUAGUACAAGUGUACUAGAUUUGGUACACGCUUUAUUCGGUACACAUCUAUAUUUCACUUAAAGGUUGUGUAAUUGAUGAUGUAAAUUACUAAUUUAUUUAUUAAAUCAGACAGCUUAUUUCUCGUUUAUCUAGAUACAAUGAAAAAUAAAAUUUAUACCUAUCUAGAUAAAUUAAUCUGAAUUAAAUACAACACUGGAUAGUCUGACCAAUCCCGGGUCUUUUUACACUUGAAAGUUAUAACAUUUGAUUGAUUUGUAUGUGUAUUGUGUGCGAAAUAGGAAGUCUGCUUGGUGGAAGGGGUGUUCAACACGUUGGCCGCGUACAGGUCGCAAGUUUCCGUUCUACAACAAGGAUUUUCCGCUUUCAGUCGGUUCUCGCCUCUGCCGCCCGUUUUCAAUACAGGUAAACAAGGAAAAAAAAUCCAUAAUCCCCAAAAACUAUUUCGCAAGUCGACAUAACUACUGUAGUGCGAUAUUAGUGAUACUAUAUUAUGCGAUGACUAUAUCGCGGUUACCCAUUUUCUACUGUCUUAAAUAAUGUGUCAGCACGCGGCUAAUAACUUACAAUAUAAGGACUGUAAAAUUAUAGGCAUGUCUAGAAUUUAUUCGUAAAUAUGACCGACAGAAAUUUUACAAGAAGCACCCAAAAUGAAGUCAAUAUACCCAUAGAAAUAAUCUAAAAUAAUCUUACAAGUACUUAUUUAAAAAUGUGUAAAAUCGUUCAGCUCGUUUUUCACAAAACAUGGUUUCUCUACUUGUAACACCAUAUAACGUUCUGAUAGUUGAGAUAUUGUUUUAGAUAUUGUUAGCAUUUAGGUUAAAUUAUGUUAAAUUACGAAAAUAUAAUAAUUAUGAUAAAUAUGAUAAAAAAUGAGAAAAUUAGUGAUUUUUUUUUUUCUAAUUGUACUGAAACACGAAUUUUCAUAAAAUACAUUUGGCUGUACCCACUAUUAUUAUUCAGCCGUUGCUAGAAUGGCCGGAACCGUAAACACGACUUUGGACUAUAAUAGUAUACAUAUACACGGAUUAGAGAAACACAAGUUUUUAAUAUCCAAAGUUUUACGAGGUACGGUUUUUUAAAAAUAUUUGAGUGGCUUUUAAUGUGUCGUAAAUCACACUCGAUAAUAAACUGCGGUACCUAUACACCGGCUCGUAUGCUUAAUGGGUUGCACUUGUAUUACUCGAGCGUUCGAGUUAGUUCGAACAAGCGGUCGUGUAGUUAGUUUUGUUAUUGUCGAUCCGAUCGAAUGGGAACAAAUCGUACUGAAGAGAUUUAUAGCUAUCCGAAAAAUUUAAGUGCCGCUGUCCCGAGCUCUGUUUUUGAGCGCUGGAAAACGACGAGAAUUAUAGUUAUUAUUAUUCCGAUUAUUCAACAAUUCACUCGACCAGUGCGUACAAAAUGCAUCCCUGCAAAUAAAUUAUACCUCAGUUUUCAAUUUAUCGAGCCGACACGAAUAACUAUAAUCAAAUAAAUUUAACAAAAUGACAUGACCGCGAUCUUUUAUAAUAUAAUAUGCACACGCCACGCUGCAGGAUUCAAAUAUGAUUUCAGAAUUUUUAUCGCUUCACUACAUCCAUAUCAAUCCGUGGGUUACUCUAACCUAACCAAUUAUUGUAAAAAAAAAAAAAAAAUACAAUUGUGCUAAUCAGAUACAAGUACCAGUCCUCAAGUUUUAAAUAUACAUAGACAAACGGCGUAAUUCAAUAAUAUGCGUAAUGCGUAUAUGUGUCCUCGUACAUUCGUAAUUAUAUACGAUAAAAUACAUUACUAAUAACAGAUGAAAAGAUAUUCUGUUCCCCUCAUUAUUGGAUUGUUUUUCAGAUAAGCGUAAAAGGUAUUAAAAAUUUACAUGGCCGGGAGGGGAAAAGGGACUAUUACUAAAAAAUCGGGAAUACACUGCGGACAUAGAGCGUAGUAAACAUUAUACAUAAUUAGAACUCGGAUUUAAAUUCCCUAAAACUAUUAAAAAUUUAAAAAUGGCGAAAAUGCAAAAUGCAAAAAGUCACGCUUUGGAAGAAGGUACUUGGUAUUCGAUUCGUUACUCGAAUGGAAUAUUUGGAAUACAUUUCAUCCUAGAGGGUAUUCUGCCAAAUUGUUCAAACUCAAAAAUCGUAUGAUAAUUAUAUGAUGAUCUUACUAUUUUUAAUUUCAUUAUUGCGUGUUGUAAAAAAUACUAUACUUUUUGACACUUUGGCCGUUUUUUUGUUCAGCCAUUUUUCUCAGAUUCGUUCUAGGUCAAAUAAAAAAAAAAAAACAAUUAAAUCCAUUUCACAUUGAAUUUCUGGUCCCGUGUAAAGCCAUACAUAUUUAUUAUAACGUAUAAUGAUGCACGAUUUUGUUUGUGUACCGUGUGCAGAAACAUCCGUAUCGUUGUACUCGGUGCUCCAGCAGCAAGGGCUGAUCGGCCCGUGCGUGAGCUCCAGUGACGAGGUGGCCAGUCGGUGCAUGAUCCGGUGCGCCAUUUGCUCGGCGAGUUUCCCAUCCACGUGGCUGCUGGAACAGCACACGGCCCUGCAACACACCGGGCAACCGGUACGUGGCCACGGCGGUGACGGCGGUGAUGAGAAACCGUUCCAGUGCGACCAGUGCGGUCAGAGUUAUCGUUACCGUUCGGCCUAUCUCAAGCAUCGCGAACAAAACCACAGGGCUCGUUUGCCGGCCGACAAGCUGUUCACGUGCGACAUAUGCGGCAUGCAAUUCAGGUGAGUGCAGGGCGGCCUAGCUGCGCGUUACCGUGUACCCACCUCCCCUCGCAUACCCGACCGUACCGGACUUGAGUUAAAUUAUAUCGACCGUGGCGUUUACGCGAACUGGUUUCCCAGGUGUGUCCGAAUUCGCACGACCGGUUUCUCGCCAAUCGCGAAAAUUCACCACGUUAUAAUAACCGGUCCCGGUAGGUCAUUUAUAAUGUACAUACGUGUACGAUAACGUGGCGUACAGUAUCGCGAAAAUCUAGAUAAUCCGAUCGCGGAUAUUCCGUUCCCGUUAGUUCGGCUAUCGUGUGCGCGUAUCAUAUGCCAUUUAUCGUUCUAAUACUCGUUUACCUUACGAAUUCGCAACAUGUACUUGUCGACCGACAGGUAUUAUAAUACCUCAAUACGCAUUUAUGUAUUAAUAAAAUAAUAUAUGAGCCCCGGUUGUCUGUAGGUACCAGUACUACGAGUGUAGCGGUCAUUAUUGUAAACUCGUGUUAUUUUGAGUGAGGUACGGGAUUAUAUCCAAGACGUAAUUCCCAACAUUGGAAUCAUACAAUAUUAUUGCACAAAAUAUCCAAAACUAAUUUCAUUUUUGUAAACUUGCUUAGUGAUCAUUAUUUGAUUAGCAAACCAAAAUCAAAAUUUAAUUAGACCGUGUGAUUGAAAUUUGAUAUUAUAAAAAUAAAUAAAUUAAAUAGAAAACAACGGUAGUAUUUCGCACGAUGGAUGGGCCAUUUUUGUAGGUGAGAAGUUGGGAAGGUAAUAGGUUAAUAGGAUAUAGAAGGUAAUUUAAUUUAUAUUUAUACGCAACGAUUAAUCUUUGCUAACGAAAUACGAUUCUGAGCGGAGUUCGGUUAUACAUGUUUAAAAGGCCGUAAUAUUUACGAUUUUCGUCAAAAUUUGAUUUUAAAAUUCUUAUAAAAAAAAAUAAUAAUAAUAAAAUAUAACACCAAACUCAGCUUUUUCUUGUUGAUCAUUAAGUACAACAUAUAAUGAACAUCCUGUUAAAUUUUUAAUCAUUUCUAUUUGGUCUGACAAUUUUUUCCACAAAGUACCUACCGAAUAAAUAUUACGUAAAAAAAACCUUGCAAAAUUAAAAUAUCUAAUCGCUUAAAUAUUGCUCAAAUGUUUUGAAAAUGUUACCAGUCUAUAAAAUGUUUCUGUCAAAUUUCGAGUCUCUAGGAAUAUUUUUCACUGAACUAAAGUAAAGUAAAACAAGAUUAAAACUAAUAAAAACAUUAUUUUCGUAAAUCUUCCCGGUUUUUCUCAUUUAUUAUGAAAACCUUGGGUAAAUCAACUUCCCUAAAGUGCCAACCCAGGAAAAUUUUCUUUUAGAAAAAAUGUUAUACUUAAUACUUCGAACCAAGAUUUCUGGUAGAAUUUUUGUACAAAGUAUAAAGAAGAAGAAAAAAAGUAACAUAAAAGUAAAAUAAUAAAAUCAAUUUCAAAAAAAAAAAAAAAAAAAAACUCUUAAAACUAAUAAUAACUGUUGACCUGUAUAAGUACCACUAUAAUUCACAAAUAUUGAGUAUUUUGUCCUUGGUUAUUAUGAACGUUGGAUAUUUCGCUCGUCGAUGUUACGUCCUUGAAUAAUUUGGACGAUAACCGAUAUUAAAUCGACUUUGACUUACAGCGUGACGAACACAAAACAUUGUUAGUACUUGAUUUUUUUUCUCCGUCCAUCUCCCUACAACCCAACCUAAUAGCAGCAUAGUCACCACCUGCCGUUAUUUAUUCUAUGAUUUUAUGACGUCACGGUAAGUGCAUGGAGCAUGUAUGUAUGUUUGUAUGUGUGCGUGCGUGUGUCCAUAGGUAUCUCAAAUCGUUCAAGAAGCACCGGCUCAACCACGCGCUAGAGAGGUUGCAGCGGGACGUACCGGCGGCGGUACCCGCGACGCACAGCGACGACAGCCGGGACACGGCGGCCACGCCGACCACUAGAUCGUCGUCCGCGGCCACGGUAGCCGCGGCGUCCGACAGUCAGGUGACCAGCACCAACGAAGUGGUGUCCGCGUUGUCGCCGGCCCAAACGUCGGUGAUCGCCGGACCGCAAAAGGCUGCACCGGACGACACGACCGUCCCUACCGCCGCGUCGCCGUCUUCGUUGUUCAAUAUACUCCGGUCUAACGUUCAACGGACGUCGCCCGCCGCCGUCAUUACGGCCACACCAGCCGUCGCAGCAGCCGCAGUGGCCGCGGUAACCGCCAAUAACAAUAACAACAACAAUAACAACAACAACAACAACAACAACAACAACAAUAACCGAGAUGCUAAAUCGUUCGCGUGUCCAUUUUGCGGCAAGUGCGUCCGGUCCAAAGAGAACCUGAAACUGCACGUGCGCAAGCACACGGGCGAACGGCCGUUCGCAUGUCUGUUCUGCGGACGAGCGUUCGGCGGCAAAAGCGAUCUGACACGGCACCUGCGUAUCCACACCGGCGAACGGCCGUAUCACUGCGAAAUGUGCGGAAAGUGUUUCGCCCGGGCCGACUACCUGUCUAAACAUCUGACCACGCACAUACACAACAACCAUCAACGUUGAACGUCGUCAUAAUAUUAUAAUAAACACCAUCAUCGCGUAGUAUUUGUUGUUGUUCUAAUAUUAUUAUUAUUAUCAUUAUUAUUGUUACUGUUAUCAUCGUUAUUAUUAUUAUUAUUAUUAUUUUCAAUAAGAAUUCCUAAAUCUAUAGAAAAAAUCAAAACUAUCCACGGCUCGGGCGCGAUGGCUCAAAACUGCUAUUUUCCCCUCUCUUUAUACUCUUUAUACUUUUUUUUUUUUUUGUAUCUCGAACAGAUUCUAAACGGUUUUGUUUUCCAGUUUUUAAUAUUCUCACUUAAAUAACGUGUCGUAUAAUAGGUGACCUAACCCAAUAACGCCUAACAGUAGCUAUGCCGCCGACCUAGGUAAAUUCGAUUUUUUAUUUAUACGCAUUCUUGUUCGAAGAAAACUACUCAUUUUUUUUGUUUUUCAAACGUAAUUUUAUAUUCCACAAUAUUAUCGCCGCCAUAUUAUAAUAAUAUUUUGUGGAAUUUUUUUUUCCGACAAUUAAUUACCGACCUAUACUAACUAUUAACUGUCGAUUAUUCUGGCAUUUACCUAUAGGCUCGCUGUACACGGUGCGAUUAUUUUCCAACGAAAAUCUCAAACAAAUUGCGCAAACGAUUGUUUUGUUUUGACACGCGAAACGUAGUAUAAGGAACACGGUAGUUUCCAUUUUGUCUCGUGCGACUGUGCUUACCGGUCGAAUUUCGGUUUCAGUUGUGUUAUCACACGGUGUUUCCGAAAAAUUCACGUUUUCUCUUCGCGACAAUAUUCCCGUAAAAUUAUCGACUGAUUAAAAUUCAGUGGCGCUCAUGUGAGAAGGAAAAUCGAUUGCAAACCAGUAGUAGCUUGUACAACUGGUUUGAGAUUUUCUUGUAGUAAAACAGUUGCACCGCGUGCGGAGCGCCUAAGUUUUCAUAGUGUUAAUUUUGAACCGAUUGCAUCGCAGCGAAAAAUAAAUCGUAGCAGACGAACAAUUAUUAUUAUGUUUAGAAACCUAUGUAAAUUACCGCGCACUGGUCUUGAAAGUAAUAUUUUAUUAAUUAUAACGUUAAUUCUUAACAAUAACAAUAAUAAUAAUAAUAUUAAUAUUGAGAAUAUAUUAUAAUAUCGUAUAAACACGCGAAUCCGACUCAAUAUAAUAAUAUUAUUGUACACGUCACGAAAGAAAACAAAAAAAAAAAAAAACUCUAAAUUUAUUAUUAUAAUAAAUAAAUAAUUAUUAUAUAUUAUUCUCUAGUCAUAUAAAUUAACGUUUAUAUUUCCUCUAAAAAAAAGAAAAAAAAUAAUCAAAAUCGUUUUUGUUUAAAUAUAUCUAUAUAAUAUUAUGAUAUAUUAUGAUAAUUAUUGUGAUCAGACGUACGGUUUGUUUUUUAUUUCGUAAAUCGUCGCUGCUUCUCUCUUUUUUGAAAUAUUUAUAAUUGUUUUCAUUUUUGUUACUUUAUGUAAGUACCUAAGUACACCUAUAUAUUAUUAUUAUUAUAUAAAAAUACGUUUACUCGCAUGUUCAUGAUCAGUUUAUAUGUUAUUUUAACUUGCAAGUUUUAAUGUGAUAAUUUUUUUUUUUCGUUUACCCUGAAUGUGAUAAAUGCAAAAAUAUAUUGCGAGAGUGAUCGGGCGUUAAGGUGAUUUUUAACUCCUAUCGAACCGUUCGAAGCGAUGCGUUAAAAUCUCUGAUUAUUAUUAUUUACUUUUUAUGGAAACAUAAUAUUAUUAUAUAGGCUAUAAUUUAUUUUUGUAGGGCUUUUAUGUAUUUUUUUUUUUCGUCGUAAUAAGCAUAUAUUUAUCUUGAAAAAAUGUCAAGGAAAUGUCAUGUGAUUGUGUCUGUGAUAGAAACGGUUAGGGAAGUGAUAUGUACUAAAACAAACAAAAAAAAAAAAAAAUAGAUAAUAAUAUAAAAUAUAAUAUAUAGUAUAAGUAUAUAUAUAUAUAUAUAUAUAUAUGUAUAGGUAAUGUGAUAAUUGAGAGUGUGAUAAUACUAUUUCGCAGGGGAAACGAAUUGUGAUGCCAUAUUAUGACGAAUGAGAGAAGGGUGAUAAAUAUAUUUUUAACUAAUGGUGUCGCGUUUAUAAAUGUAAGUCAGUGAAUUAUAUUAUAAUAGUAAUAAUGUAUAUAAAUAUAUAUUUGUACGGAUAUAUAUUAUUAUUAUUAUUAUUAUUAGGAUAUGUGAGAUCAGGUAUAGUGAAAUUUUUAGAACGAGGAUGGCCGAUCCCAAAUAUUUGGGACGAAGGCGAAGUAGUGGAAGAAAAUAUAUUAUUAUAAUGUUAAGUAUGUUUGUAUAACGUGUUUUGUAUUAUUCUGAAACAGUGUGGUCCGAGGGAAAAAAGGCUUAAGUUCAUUUUUUUUUAUAAAUUUAUCUUAUGUAACUUUUUUUUUUUUUUUAAUUUUUAGUCUACCGUACCUUAUAUAUUUUCAAAAUUGAAUUUGUACGUACUGAAAACCGUACACAAUUGACUUAAGCCCUUCUUCCCCGGGACCAAAGAAUUAUAUAUUAUAUAUUAUUACUAUUACUAUAUUAUUAUUAUUAUCAAAAUGGUGCAUUUACGAUACGGAUAAAUAUUAUUUUUGACUGAAAUUAGGGUGGCAGACCUGGGAGCCUGAGAGUUAUAACAUGACAUAAUAAUAUUAUAGAAUGACAUAGUGGAGUAUCUGAAUAUUAUUAUUAUUGUGUAAUAAAACGGUAUAUUAAAUUGUACUUUUGUGCUAAGAAGAUAAAUAUUGCUCAAAAACAGUAUUAAAAACAAAAAAAAACGCAUAACCCACAAAUCUCAAACACACCGCGUAUACCUAAUUAAUUGAUAAAUAUUAUAUAUAUUAAAUAAUAACAAUUGUUAUAGUCAUAACAUGUAACUAUAAUAGUACAAUUUUUUCAUGAAUAAUUAAUUAAUUAUAUUAAGCUUUUUUACAGCUCUACCUCAUGAAUAUGUAAUACAGUACGAUGAUAUUUCACAAAUACUUGUAACAAAAGUACAAAAUAGCCAAUUUUUUUUGUUAAUUAACUCACCUCUUUAUAUAUUUUUAUUUAUAUUUAACCUUAUGAUUAUCAUAUUAUACUUAUAUUAAACAUAUAUAUUUUUUUUUUGUUUAUUAAGUUUGUUUGUUUCCCAACCGAAAUCUCGUUUUUUUCCUUCUUUUUUUUUUUAUUUUUAACUAUUAUUGUAACGACGACGCGCGACGUCUUAAAUACGUGUGUAUGAUAAUUCUGUACAAUUCGAAAGGAAAAAAAAUAAAACGAAAUAUAUAAUAAUAAUAACAAAUUCAAAAAAAAAAAAAAUUAAUUAAAUACAGUUUUUGAAAAUUUGCGAACAGAAACUUAAAAAUAAUAAUAAUUAAAUAAAUUAUAUAUUACUUAAGCUUUUUUUAUACCUAUAUACGUCUAUAAUAAAAUAUAUGAUUAUAAUAUAAUAAAAAUAGAAUAAUUAUAGUAUAAUUAUAAAAAAAAAUUAAUUUAGUCAUUUUGAAUGUUGUUUGUUGUUCGUUAAGCGUUUUUCAUAUAUAUUAUGUUAUUUUUACUCAUCCGAUAUAAUAUUAUUACUUAUAGCGUGUUAGAAAAAUUAUUAUUAUAUUAAAAUAUUAUCAUUGUAGCCGAGUAUGUAAUAUUAUUAUUAUUAUUAUUAUUAUUAUUAUUAUUAUUACUUACUAUAUUAUUAUUAUUAUUAUAGUCACGUCUGUGUAUUUUUUUUCCAUCAUUAUUUUAUUAUUAUUCGUUAUUACAUUUUAUUACUCGACAUUAUUAUUAGGUAUUGUAUUUCUAUAAAAGAAACAUAUUUAAGACGCAUCGUUUUUUUUUUUUUUUUAUUAAUAUUACUAUUAUAAUACAAAUACUGUUAUGUGUAUGUAUAUACGAAUAAUAAUAUAUACACUCACAAAAACACAUUUAUAUAUUUUAUACGUACGAAUAUGUAAAAUUCUCUAUUUUAGGAUAAUAUUAUAAUAAUAUUAUAAAUGGUGUUAAGGGUGCAUGCUCAGGCGUACUAUCGGGGUAUAUAUGACUCUUGCCCUAUUGGACAAAUUUAAACGAUAUAUCUUUGGUCCCGGAGAAGGAGGGCAUUUUCGGCAUUUUUUUUAUUUUUAUUUAUUUAUUUUCCUUUUUUUUUUGUCUGAAUUGCAUUUGUAUAAGUUUUUUUUUCGAAAUUGGUGUAUUUAGCGUGUUAUUUUAUGUACAAAUGUGUGUAUUUUUAGAAUUUAAUUUGCUUUUUUUGAAAACUAAAAAAAUUUACUAAAGUCCGUUUUUACCUGGGACUAAAGAUAUAUAUAGGCGAGAUUCCGGAACAAUGGCUGUGUUUUUAAAAAAAUUAUUAUAAUACUUUCGUUAUUAAGAGUAACUCAAUAAUAUAAUAUGAUGAUGAAUUAAUAAACGAAAUUACAGGUUGAGUAGGUUUGAUUUCGAUAUGUAUAAUGUAUAAAACCGAGUUCUACAGUAAAAUAAACUAGUUUAGUAAAUACAAUAUAUUUUAAUAGUAUAUGUACUUAAACUGCAUAAUACAUAUAUAUUCUUUUUUUCCUUCAAAAUUGAAGGCAAAAAGCCAAAGUUUACCGUCAAACAAUGUUGUUAAGAAGAGUAACUUUUGAUGCCGAACUAGUUAUUAACAAGUUACAUGAACUAAUAAAGAGAUUAUAAUAUAGUAACAAGAAAGAAUAUGAAAUUAAAAUGAUUCCUUUAUGGAAAUGACUGCGUUAAUACUAUCGUAAUUUAUUUCGUAUAUUGUAUACAUUAAAAUAGAUUAAACAACGAGAUACCUUUUAAAAAGUUUUCUAUAUUAUGAAAUACUAUGUCUUCCAUGUACAGACGUGGUAUCAAAAUUUCAACCUUACGAUUCCGGAUUCGGUACCUAUUAUAAUUAAUAAGACACGUGAUAAAUCCACGAUAGCAUAAUAAAAAAACAAAUCCUCGUUUAUUUAAUACUCAGUUUUAUCAUAUUAUAUAUUUUAUAGAACUCGGUUUUAUCAAAUAUAUUGGGACUCGAGCUCUAAUUUUGUAUGAUAAUGUGAUGAGAAUAAAUAGUGAUGAUGAUGUUAGGUAUACUAUAUUUAUAUACGACAGGAGCGAUUUUACGGAUGAGAUCUGAACGAGACGAGAUUAUUAUAAUAUUAUAAGAAUUAGUGAGAUUUUUUUUUUUAAUAAAAUCCUUGUGAGAUACAUACACAUAAUUAUUAUAAUAUUUACAUAUACGUGUAUAAAUCGGUUUUUGCUCAAUCUCGUAUUGAGCAUAAUAUAAUUUAUAAUAUUAAUUAUUCUUUUGCAGUUCGCUAUAUUAAAAUAAUAAUAUAUGACUGCGUUAAUCGAAGAGAAAAAAAAAAACUAUAACUUACAAUUAAAAUUAGUAAAAUAUAUCCUAUACUUAUAUAUUCUAUAUGUAUUGAUAUUAAUACCUUACUAUAUAAUAUUUAAAUUUAUAUUUUGUUUUGUUUUUGCAAAAGUCGUUUCGUUCUUCUGGAUCAGUGUUUUACUAUUGUCCAUUAUUGUCUAUCCAUCAUCUCCGGAACGACUGUACUUGCAAAAAACCCGAUUGGGACUUUUUUCAUCUUUCUCUUCCUCUCGCUCUCUCUCUCUCUCUCUCACUCUAUCUCGCUCUCUCUUUAUUACAAUUUUUUUUUUUUUUACUGUACUUGCUCGAAAAACAAAUGCGAGAGAGACGUUUUUGAGGGGUGUACCUACAAUAUUUUGAUAAAUGGAAUCGACGACGACAAAUUGAUAUUUAUAAUAUUAUAUUUUAUAUAUAACUCGUAUAGGUAAUAUAAUGUAAUUGUAAUAAAAAUUCAUUCGGAUUUUUGAAAGAUAAAUUCGUAUAAAAUCGCAGCGCUGAAUGUUUAUUUACCUAUAUAAUAUAGGUAUGCUCAUAAUAUUUAGUAACGUAUAAUAAUAUGGUUUUAAAAAAAAUAUGUAUAUACAUAAUUACAAUACCUAUUAUUAUGUAUUUAAAUUCUGUAGAUGUCGAACAUUUUUAAUACAUAUUUAUACUAAAUUCAUUUUUAAUACCAUAAUAAGGCGAAAUAUUAUAAUAUUAUAGAGAAAAAAACGAUUCGUACCUAUAUAUUACUAAAAAAAAUAUUUGUGUACCAAACAAGUUGUUUUUUUUUUUUCAAUUAUUGUUAUCUAUGUAUUAUUAUUAAUAAUAUCUCAAUGAUAAAAUAAAAAAUAUAUUAUAAUAUUCAUACGCAUAUUGUAAAAUGUAACGGAGAUCGGAACAUUACGAUACCUGAACAAUUUAAUUAUUUCAAUAUCUAAUUGGUUAAAAAUACGAGUUUUACACAUUGUCGAUUGUCGAAUUUUUCAGUAUAUAUACGCGAUUGUUGUAAAAGUAUAUGCAGUAACUACUCGUAUGUAAAUAUAGGUACUGUUAUUAUACAAAUAAUUCGCAUAUUACUAAUAUUGCGUGUUGUGAUUUAAGAAUUUAAAAAAAAAUAAUAACAAAAUCGGUCAAGAAUAUUGUACACCAUUGAAAAUUUCAAAUCCGGGAGAUUUUAAAAAAAUAAUAAUAAUGAAUAACAAAACCUAUGUAUACACUAUACAGUUCGGAUGCCAUCGUAAAUAUACAAUAAAUGUAAAAGAAAAUAAAUAAAUUAUAGUUGUAAUAGCUAAUAAUAUUAUUAUUUUUUUUUUUUUAUAAUCGCAAAUAUUAUUAUUAAAACAAAUUCUAUGGACAUACGAUUUUUUCCGAUAUAAUUGCCGAUAUCAAAUCAAAAAAUAUCUUUAAUCUUUAACCAGAAAAUAAAUCCAGUUAAAUAAAAAUAAUAUUGUCUUUGUUCCCAGGGAAGAAGAACUUAAGGCUCAGUUGUGUAUAGCGUUCAAUACAAGCAAAUUAAAUGUUGAGAAUUGUUUGAUGAUGUAAUGGGAUAGUUGCUAAAUGGCUAAAUAUUACUAGAUGAUCUAACCUAAAUGACCGUUUUAAAUGGCUUGUUUCAUAUAAUAAAUAUGGCAUGUCUUUUUCGCCAUACAAAAAGUACAUCAUUGUGACUUGGGAUGUUUUCAUUUCCCGUACAACACGUGUUAUAAUAUAUAGUAUACACUUAUGCCGUUUAGACCAACAAAUAAUUUGAACAAAAUAACAUAAAAUACAAUUAUAAAAAGAAUACCAACAAUUUACUUAAGUUUCUUUUUCCUGGGACCAAAAAUAAAACCAUUGCGCACGCCGUAUAAAGAAAACAUAUACGCAAACACGAUCUCGAAUGUACGAUUGUUUGACUACUCCAUUCAUAUUUCAACCAAUUAUUGGCGAAUCACUUGAAACGUUUCUUGCAAAAAUGAUGCGCUAAUAUUUCAGUUCGGAUAUUGUUUAUAGGUGUUGUGUUCGUUAACUGUAAAUGAUUUCAAUAACAUGUAUACAGAUGGCUGCGGUAUCGAUAAAAAUAAAAUUCGAUUAAACCUGUAAUAAUAUGUACAUGGUGGUUCUUUUUUUCAAAGAAAAUAUUUUGUUAUAUUAUAUAAUAUUUAUAAAAAAAAUAUGCUCAGAAAAUAUUAAUAGGUAUAUAAUUAUUUACAUUUUUUUUUUUUUAAAAAAAAAUAAAAUAAUUGCAUUUCUAAAAAAAAUUAAAUUUUUAAAAUAGAUAAUAAUUUAAUUUCAAAUCGUAAAAAUCGUACUAACAGCUAUAAGAAUAUUGCCUGCCGAUUGAAAAUAUGUUUUUUUUUAAUUUUUAAUGUAUGUAAAAUGAUUUCGAUCGUUUACGCGUUAUUUCCGUCUCCGUUUGUUGUUUACAAUAUGUAGGUACGUUUGUAAGUAAUUUAUAAGUUUUGUAGAAUGUAAUGCUUACUACGUUACGGUUUUUCAACACAAGUAUAAUAUAUUUAUACUAUAUUAUACAUUUCUUUGUAAUUUGUAAAACAUUUUUUGUUAAAAUACAUCAUCGAAUAAUACAUGUUAAUGAAUUGUCUAAAUGUCUUAUAUUAUACCUAAUGCGUAUUUUAAUAAAAUUAUAUAAAACCGAGAAAAAAGUUUUUGCU